AUGAAGAAGAAGAUGAUUAACAAUGAUCCCGUAUAGCCACACUACCAGCGGCUUAACUAGAAACAACCGGGCUCCGGUGCAAAAAUUGCCCUAUGUUUCCCCGCCUCUCCAAGUGUCUAAUUCCCUCCACCCAGCUCCUCCAUGUGUUUCAUUCCCUUCCCCACCCCUCCGUGUGUCUCAUUCCCUCCUCCAGCUCCUCCAUGUGUAUCAUUUCCUCUCCCGAACCCGUCCAUGUGUAUCAUUUCCUUCCCCCCAGCCCCUCCACAUGCCUGAGUCUCCCUUCUCCAAGCCAACUAUGUGUAUCAUUCCCUUCCGAACCCCCAGCCCCUCCAUGUUUCUCAUUCCCUCCUCCCUCAGCCCCUCCAUGUGUCUCAUUCCCUUCCCACGCCAAGCCCCUCCAUGUGUCUCAUUUUUUCAUCUCCCUAGCCCCUCCAUGUAUAUCAUUUUUUUUCCCUCUAGCCCCUCCAAGUAUAUUAUUCCCUCCUCCCAAGCCCAUCCAUUUGUAUAAUUCCCUUCCCAGCUCCCAAUCGUCUCAUUCCUAUCCCCCCCAGCCCUAACAUGUGUCUCAUUACCUCAUCUCUCCCCCUCCCCUCCUGUACCUGCUCUCCAUUCCGCUUGGCCACACUACACACAGCGGCAGGAGGGGGGAAGCACAGCACAGUGCUCCCCUCCUGCUGGUCACACGGGAACCACGGUGCCCUUGCCCUGAAUUUAAGGUGGCACAUGGUCUCAGAUGUUGCAGCUGCAGCAGAGCCCCCUGGAGUUACGCCAUUGCACACUACAGUCUGCAUAACUGGGUGGGAUACAAACAGGCAAGGGGAAACAUGUAUAAAGGAAACCAUACAAGGUUAGAAGAAAAACACACAAGGAAGUGAAGGAAGAGACACAAAUGGGGUGAGAAUGGAAUGGAAAGACACACAAGGGCAUAAUUUGGGUAUGUAUGUAGACACAAAGCGGGGUAAGGAAAGACACAAAACUGUGUAACCCCAUGGGAAAUCUUGCAAUUGCCCAGUGACAUCUGUAAGAAUGGUAGAGAUACAUAAAAAUGUUGCUAAUAGAAGUGUGGAGCAAAGCUUAACAAUGGAACAUCACCUUGGAAAUCAACAGAAUAAACAUAAGCAUUCCAUUGGUUUUCUUCACGAAAGCUCCAUGUUUAGAACUUUGAUCCAUUUUUCCAUUGGCACCACAUUUAUUAAUUUGUAAAAAGAUAAAGGAGGUUAGCGCUAAUAAUAAGAACGUCGAUGGGCAGCGGCCUAGCAGAGGGUAACCCUCUAACCCUCUAUAAUAAGAAUGGAGAACAACAACAACAGUAAUGCAAGGCUGCGACAAAAUAAAUCACUGUGGAUUACAAACAGUAAAAAGCAUAUAAAUGAGACAUAUACAAAAGUGCAAAUAAGAUAGUUGGUGUUAUGUAUAAAAUAGUCCAAAGAGGUUUAGCGGUUGCACUACGGCAAUAAAUGUCUUUUAAGGUGCUUUUAAUGAAGGGGUCUCCUCUCUGUUUAAAGUAGUCCAAUUUUGCUUGUUAUUUGAAAGACAAGAGACCAAUCGCAUAGAGUGUAGGGUUAUGUGAGAAAAAGAUAUAUAUAUAUUCCACUCACAUUUGAAUGAGCUAUAGCCAGCUCAGGUAUAACAGGCAUCCAGCGGUAUGAUCCCGCUUGUGGGAUAUAUGGAUGAUUGUCCUCUGGAGGGAAUGAUGUCCAACUCUCAGGAAAGGGAUAUAUAAAAACAACUAAUAGUGCUCACUGUUUAACAAGGUAUAAACGUUUGUUAAAAGAACAAAAAAUUUACUUACAAGUACAGUGUAGGCCGACUGCACUAUGGUAACAGCGUUGGUGGUAUGAUCCCCACCUAGGAUAAGCUUGUAAAUACAUGAUAAAAUUGAUAAGAUGCCAAGUAGAAGUAAAAAAUGUAUAGAAAGAUAGUUGGCACAGAUAGUAACCAAAAAAUCUUUAAUUAUAUAAAAUACACAAUUAAUAAAACCAUUUAUGCGUUUCGCCACUAGGGCUUUUUCAAAAUGGGAUUUUUUGAAAUUCCAUUUUGAAAUCCCAUUGGCCAUUAGAUAAGGUAUGAAAAGGGGGGUAGGGAAGGGAUGGUACCCCUUUAAAUCAGAGACACAUUUAGAUAUCAUAUUAAUAGGUGUUAUUAUUAUUGAUAUGUUAAGUAAAACACAAUUCAAAAGUAUUACAAAUGUUAUAUUUUUAGGAAUUUAAUAAAUAAGUGACAUGAUGUGGUAACUUAUCCUAAUGUAUAAAACUGCAAUCAAAAUAGCGUUGUUCCAGUAAAUUUAAAUAACUAUUUUUAAAAUAAUUAUGUAAUGUGGCUAUAGUCUGUUCCCUCCCCCCCUUCCUCAGCAAUAGCAAAUAAUAAUAAUAAUUAUAAAGUAUUUAACCAGGAAAGGUACAUUCAUAUUACUCUGGUUUCCAAGUACCUCCUGGGGAUGUUACUUUGGCCCAACAUCCAGGGGAUCGAUUGCAUUUUUAAGUAGCAAACCAGCAACAUUCUCCAUUUAAAUUGUAAUAUUAAUAUUAUUUUAUUAGCUGUAAUGGUUCAAUUUCGUUGACAGCACCUUCUUUCUAUCUGGCUAUAUUAACAAUCUGUCCGUUUAUUUAUUAAAUCCUGGUGCCCAAAAAUAAAAGGAUGAUACACAUUAAAUGUUGGUAGCGGUCUGCCCUUAUAAUGUUAAUAACAGUGUGUGAGAUAUGAGCUGUGUUAUGCUAUGACCCCCUGGCACUCAGUCCCAGCAGCUCACACGGCGGCCACGUGUGGGGUUAAAUGCCCCCACCAGCGGAGCCACGGCGCAUGCGCAGCGUCACCUAGUGACGGCCAUUAGAAAAUGGCGGAGGCCUUGUGAGUAGUAAGUGAGUGAGCGGUGCGGGGUCCUUGGAAUGUUAGUGGGCGUGGGUGGGGGGAGUGGGAGUGAGGCUGAGCUGUGCAUGGCUCCGGAGAGAAGGAAGGAAGAUAAUGGGGAGGACACGGGCUGGAGAGAGGGAGGGGAGGUGGAGGCGCCUGUAGGAUGCUAUUUUUGCCAGUGACGGAGUUCUAUAUGGUACCCUGACCAUUCCAAGUGCUGUGUACUACACUUCCCAUGAUGCUCAGCCAGCCAGAUAGAUGUCUGAGCAUCAUGGGAAACGUAGUCCAUAACACCUGAAAUGGGAAAGGAUAGCCAAUACUGAAAUGAUAUGGUAUGUGUGUAUAUAAUAUAGAUAUAUUAGCCAAUUUAUCCAAUGAUAAGUGAGUGGGUGCAGGUUUUUGUAUCCCUCACUUUUAGUCUUGCAGGCUGUAAUUGUAAUUGUACCUAUUAAAGCCUUGUGGCACACAAAAUAAGUUUUAAAUUAAAAAAAAAAUAGUUUUAUGUUUUUGCUAAAAUGUAAAUAUCAGAAAUUUUCAACAUAAAUUAUAUGUUGUUGAUGCCACAAUAAUGUUGGGUAGAAGACUGUUUUAUUUUUAGGAAUGCAGAGUAUUUUGUAAACAUAAUUAGUUACAGCAUUGGUUCUGUAAAAAUGAUGGUUUUGUAGAUGUGCCGUUUAAAUAUAUUAGUUAAAAAUAAAUGUAUGUAGUUAGUAAAACAGUCUAAUGUAUAUAUUGCAGUGGCACAGUUUUGUGAAUAAGAAAAAAAAAUCACAUUCUAUUUAUUCUGAGAUUGUUGUCAUUUAUCACUUUGCAACAUAUGCCUUCAUAUUCUAAUUGCUCUCUUUACAUAAAAACUCAAACUUACAUAUUUGGCAAAGUUGCACUGUUAAAAGAUGUUUGCAAAUAUCUUGUCUGUAUUUCUCUAAAACCUCUACCCAAAAUAAUUGUCACACAUACAUACAUAAAUACACACUUUGUUUUUUAUUGUGUAGUUCUUUGGGACAGUAUUCCUUUUGUGAAUUUUUUUUAUGCAUCUAUUUAAACUUGAAUUUGAACAAAUUUGCUUUGUUCCAAUUACUAAAAAAUGACAGGAUUUAAAACCAUGCACUUUGUUAAUGUGAUAUUUUGCCUUGAGCAAUACUGAUACUGCUGGUUCUGUAAUUUUCUGGCACAUGUAACUACUUUCUAUGUUGCAGAUCUAGCCCAAACGCCUUAACAUUUGGUUUUAUAAGAUAUAACAAUUCAAUCUAAAGGGAUUGUCAGCGUUUAAAAAUACAUAUUUUUAGACUUUUAAAUAAGGCAGUUAAAAAAAUGCAAUAAUUUUUCAAAGUCCAUUAAAUCUUGCCUCUUUUAGCGUCCUCGUUUAUGCUGGGCAUUGUCCAGUCAAAUGCUUCGCAUCAUUGUAAGCAUAGAAAGUAUAUUUGGAAACGAUAAAGAAACGUAUGUGAAAAUCUUAUUAAAUUAACAAAUUAAACACAGGAUCUUUUUCAAAUCCUAUGCAUCAUAUAAAAUACAUGGUGCUGGAAUAUGUCCAAAAUUGCACGUCUGUAAUAGUACAGGCAAGCCUGCAGGUUUCAGAGAAUUAUUGUUUCUUCAUGUGAAGUUGGAUUUUUUUAACUUUAAAAGGUCUCUCCAAGCUGGUUGUUAACCCAUGUUAAUUUUUCUAUACAGAUUUUAACAACUACUAGGUCUUACUGACACUCCCACCCCUUCCUUUAUAUAAAUAAACUAUAAUAUUUUAUGCACAGAACUCACAUUAAGUAGUUCUGAAGAGAGUUCUGGGCUGCAUAAUUCACAUGUGUGGGGCAAUGGGGGAGUGUAAUUACACCCUUGCACAAAAUCAGAGAUUUCUUUGUAUAGGCAGCAUUUCAAUCUAAAGUGGAUGCUCAGUUGGUGUAGAAAACCUCCCUACCUAUAGGAGAUUCCAGCGGGCUUGAAGACGAAAUGGAUAAAAAAAUAAGAGUCCUCUUCACACAAGCUGUUUUCUACUAAUGCAGCGCAAAGCUCGUAUUGCAGAAACAUCUGUAGCCAAGACCCAACAUUUGUAGUUAGAUUCCCUUGGAAAUAAUUUAUUUGAGAGAAUCCAAAGAAGACCAUGUAAAGAUUUUACAUAACAUUAGAAUGGUUUCAGAUUUUCUUUUGGAGUCGACGCCAAAGCUAUGGACCGCUUCACUGUGUCCAGACAUGCCGCAUGGCUCAGAAACUGGAUGGAGACUCAGCUUAAAAUAAUUCAGUUUGUGAUUUUAUGUUUAAACAAGGGAGGCUCUUUGGGUCUAAUCUGCCAGAACAGAUGGCAGAGGGGAAAAAGGCCUUACCUGAAGACAGGAAAAGUGGAACAAGACAUGUCUGCCUACAGAGAUUCAUUUUGUAGGCUCGCACUCAAGCAGAAACCAGCAACAACGAUUUAAUUAUAGAAAUUGAAAAUUAAUCGGAAAAACUAAAGAAUACCGAUUAUGAUGCCAGAGUUGUAGGAGGAAGACUUCUUACAUUUGCUUCACCAUGGGAGAAUACCACCACAGACAACUGGGUCCUUACUCUUUACUAUUGUCCGAAGAGGAUACCGAUUAUAACUAAGACAAAGAUUUCUUUGCUCUUAAGUCCAGUUUCCCAGAACUGCUUCAGCCCUGUUUAUAGAAGUUCAGACUCUUUUAAAGAAAAAUUUAAUAAAAGAGCUACCUUACACAGAAAAAAAUCAGGAACCUACUGAAGGCUGUUUUUAGUUCAAAAGCCAGGCAGGGCAUUCAAUCCCAUCCUGGAUCUGAAAGAAGUUAAUCAGUUCAUCAUUAAGAAAACAAUCAGUUUGGAGACCAUAAACUCAGCAACACGCAUUAUCCAAGAAAGGGCUUGACUCAGUUCUCUAGACCUGAAAGAUGCGUAUCCUAUCGCAGAGGAAAGUAAAUACUUCCGCAGAUUUUGCUUCAGAUGGGAAGAAUUAUUAUAAUUAUUAUUAUUGCCAUUUUUAUACAGCGCCAAAAGAGUCCGCAGUGCUUUACAAUAUUAUGAGAGGGGGAUUUAACUAUAAUUAGGACAAUUACAAGAAAACUUACAGGAAUGAUAGGUUGAAGAGGACCCUUCUCAAACGAGUUUACAGUCUAUAGGUUUGGAACAUUACCAAUUCAUGCCACUGCUCUUUGAUCUAUCUUCUGCCCCUCUGGUACUAAGAUUCUGGCACUUAUCACAGCCACCCUAAGAAAGUGUCCAUAUUGUCCCAUAUUUAGACGACUGCCUUCUCAUAACAUCCACAAAACAUCAACUCUUAAGAAGUUAUAAGAACAGCUUUGAUAUGCCUAAACACACAUUGAUGUAUCCAAAAGCAAGGUAAAUCUGAAUUGGUGCUCAGGUGAGCUAGUCGAUUCUUGACUUUCAUCAUAGACUCUGUUCAGUUGAAGAACUUCCUUUCAGCAGAAAAGAAAGCAAAGAUCUUCAGGUCCAUAAUGGUUCUACAGUCAGAAAAAGGGAAGCAAUGAGGCUUUUGGGCCACUUUACUGCUACAAUUCUAGGUUUCAGCUGGUACAGGGCAAGGAUGAGGUCUUAACAGAGAACUAUUGUGGCAGAAAGUGACAGAUGAACAUCUUCCCUAGACCAUUUAUUGAAAAUAUGACCAUUCAUAAUAAGAAGUUUCAAUUGGUGUAAGACUUCUGCUUUUUAACAAAAGGUUUUUUAUUCAGAAUAAAGAAUUAACUGAUAGUCACCACGGAUGCCUCACUAGUCAGUUGGGAAGCCCAUAUGGGGAUGACUAAAGGACAAUGGAUACUUCAGGAUACCAGAAGUAAUUAAAUUACCGGGAGCGCAAUGCAACUUGGUUGGCUCUCCUGAGUUUCAAGAAGCAUCUUUGGGGACAUUACGUUCAGAUAAGAUCAUAUAAAUCUACCACAGUAGCAUAUUUGAACAGACAAGUAGGGACUCGUUCCUACUCCCUGGCAAGGUUGUGCACCAAGGUAAUGAUCUGAUCAGAACAUCAUCUACUCUCCCUGUCUGUGGUACAUAUAAAAAGGAGAAACCAAUACCUUGGCAGAAGCUCCAAGCAGAAACCAUCUGAGAUUGGUCUCCCUUAUCAGGGAGUUUGGUCUUCCUAAUCAUAUAAUUCAGGACGUCCUGACAUACAGUGAGGGAAAAAAGUAUUUGAUCCCCUGCUGAUUUUGACCGUUUGCCCACUGACAAAGAAAUGAUUAGUCUAUACUUUUAAUGAUCAGUGUAUUUUAAUAGUGAGAGAGAGAAUAAAUAAAAAAAUUUAAAAAUCCAAAAAAACGCAUAUCAAAAAAGUUAUACAUUUAUUUGCACGUCAGUGAGUAAAAAGAGUAUUCAACCCCUUCGACUUGGUACUUGGUGGCAAAACCCAUGUUGGCAAUCACAGAGGUCAGACGUUUCUUGUAGUUGGCCACCAGGUUUGCACACAUCUCAGGAGGGAUUUUUUCCCACUCCUCUUUGCAGAUCCUCUCCAAGUCAUUAAGGUUUUGAGGCUAACGUUUGGCAACUCGAACAUUCAACUACCUCCACAGAUUUUCUAUGGGAUUAAAGUCUGGAGACUGGCUAGGCCACUCCAGGACCUUAAUGUGCUUUUUCUUAAGCCACUCCUUUGUUGCCUUGGCUGUGUGUUUUGGGUCAUUGUCAUGCUGGAAUACCCAUCCACGGCCCAUUUUCAAUGCCCUGGCUGAGGGAAGGAGGUUCUCACCCAAGAUUUGACGGUACAUGGCCCCGUCCAUCGUCCCUUUGAUGCGGUGCACUUGUCCAGUCCCCUUAGCAGAAAAACACCCCCAAAGCAAAAUGUUUCCACCUCCAUGUUUGACGGUGGGGAUGGUGUUCUUGGAGUCAUAGGCAGCCAAAGAGCUCGAUUUUGGUCUCAUCGAACUACAACACUUUCACCCAGUUCUCCACUGAAUCAUUCAGAUGUUCACUGACAAACUUCAAACGGGCCUGUACAUGUGCUUUCUUGAGCAGGGGGACCUUGCGGGCACUGCAGGAUUUCAGUCCUUCACGGCAUAGUGUGUUACCAUUUUUUUUAAUUUGGUGACUACGGUCCCAGCUGCCUUGAGAUCAUUACCGUGUAGUUCUGGUCUGAUUCCUCACCAUUCUCAUGAUCAUUGAAACUCCAAGAGGUGAGAUCUUGCAUGGAGCACAGACUGAGGGAGAAUGACAGUUAUUUAGUGUUUCUUCCAUUUGCGAAUAAUCGUACCAACUGUUGUCACCUUGUCACCAAGCUGCUUGGCGAUGGUCUUGUAGCCCAUUCCAGCCUUAUGUAGGUCUACAAUCUUGUCUCUGACAUCCUUGGACAGCUAUUUGGUCUUGGCCAUGGUGGAAAGUUUGAAAUCUGAUUGAUUGCUUCUGUAGACAGGUGUCUUUUAUACAGGUAAUGAGCUGAGAUUAGGAGCACUCCCUUUAAGAGAGUGCUCCUAAUCUCAGCUCCUUACCUGUAUAAAAGACACCUGGGAGCCAGAAAUCUUGCUGAUUGAUAUCAAAUACUUAUUUCACUCAUUGACAUGCAAAUCAAUUUAUAACUUUUUUGACAUGCGUUUUUCUGGAUUUUUUUUUGUUUUGUUAUUUUGUCUCUUACUGUUACAAUACACCUACAAUCAAAAUUAUAGACUGAUCAUUUCUUUGUCAGUGGACAAAUAUUCAAAAUCAGCAGGGGGUCAAAUACUUUUUUCCCUCACUGUAGACCUGAUGGCAUCAAGAACAAACAGAAAUAGCUUUGACUUAAAAAUUUGUCUGAAUCAACCAGUGAGAAAAUCUGGACUUUUUGGAUUCCCUGAUGAUUCCCUGGUAUUUUCAGCUGGCCUACUUUUCCCCCCAGUUCUUAUUCCGCGGAUUUUACAAAAAAUCAUAGUAGAGAAAGCAAAGAUCAUUGUGAUUUUUCCCUUCUGGCCAUAGAGGAGCUGGUUUUCAAUACUGUUGAUCCUGUCAAAGAAAAACUACUGGCAUCUUCCAGUGUCAGUCGAAAUCCUGGAGGACAGUCUGCUACCUUUACAUAUUUAUAAUACCUUCAAGCUCAUAGCAUGGUAUCUGAACAUUCUCAUGAUAUCCUAAAAUUCUCAGAUUUACAAAGCAUCAACCUGGUUGUCCAGUCAUACUUUCUCCAAACACUAUAAAUCAGACAUACAGACCUCUGGGGAUACUGUUUUGGGUGCAAGAUGCUUCAGGCUGUGGUGAAAUUAUGUCUUCCCACCCUUUGGGUGUUGUUUUGUGCCUCUAAAUUAGAGGGGAAAGAUCACACUUUCUAUACAUUUUUUCCCCCUUAGGAUUACAGACAGUAUUUCCCUCCCUAUUUAAUUAAAAAUAUUUGUUGCGGUUAAUAGUUAUGUGUAUUUUCUAGGUUUACUGUGACAUGUUGGUGUUUUAUACCUUAUAUAUGAGGAAUAGUAGGAGGGGGUUAACUUUAAAAUUUUUAAGGCUGCCUUACUGUCAAGACAUGAUGGAUAUUCCUGUUGUGCACUGUUUCUAAUCCUAAGGAAAAAUACAUUUACAGUAAGUAAAAUUUGAUCUAUAUAAUCUGACAAGAUACGACUUCUAAAAUAAACACGCUCUCCUAAGAUAGGUUUGAAAAUGAAAUUUUUUUUUCAUGAGACUGUAUAAACAAAGCUGCAGAAAUAAAUAUAUAUAAUAUAAUUUCCCAUCAGUUUUUCUGCUGGGGCAUGGUUCAAGCUCUAAAACCACAAAAGUUGCUUUGUUUCUUAGUUCCCUUAUAAUUUUCCUGCACUUACUAAAAAAGCUCAUUUAUAACACUGACAUACUUGAUUACAUUUAUAAAUGUCCCCAUAUUUAAUGGUUUAUGCAUCCACGUUUCCAUUAUUUGAAAACCAUUUGGUGAUUUUUUUGCAGUGAUUCUUCUCCUUAAUUCUCUCUUUAUCAGCAGUUGGGAUUUUGCAACCUGUGCAUUGUGUUAUAGGUUAUACCAGUGGCAUACACACAAUCCAUGGGGCCCCAGUGCGAAACUGAUCCGUGGGACCCCUCUCCCCUCCCUCUUCCCCCCCAACAGACACACACACACACACACAUACAUAGACACAUACAGACAGACACAUACACACACAAGACACACAUACAGACAGGCACACAUACCUACAGUCUGACACACACAGACACAUACAUACAAAGCGACACACAUACAGAUACAGACAGGCACACACACAUACAAACACACAUACAUACAAACAGACAGGCACACAUACAUACAGACAGACAUACACAGACAGGGCCGGCCUUUGGGCGCCCUGUGCGAAAAAUCUUCACAGAUUCCCCUUUCCCUCCUUCCCUGUCACACACGCAGACAGCCACACGCAGACAGUCACACGCACACACAGACAUAGAAACAUAGAAUGUGAAGGCAGAUAAGAACCAUUUGGCCCAUCUAGUCUGCCCAGACAGUCACACAGAGGCAGACAGCCACACACAGACAGCCACACACAGACACACAUGCAGACAGCCACACACAAACACACAGACAGAGAGCCACACACAAACACACAGGCAGACAGCCACACACAGACAGCCACACACAAACACACAGGCAGAGAGCCACACACAAACAUACAGGCAGAGAGCCACACACACACACAGGCAGAGAGCCACACACAAACACACCGGCAGACCGCCACACACAAACACCGGCAGACAGCCACACACAAACACAGAGGCAGAGAGCCACACACAAACACACAGAGAGCCACACACAGGCAGACAGCCACACACAAAUACACACACAGGCAGACAUAGAAACAUAGCAUGUAACGGCAGAUAAGAACCAUUCGGCCCAUCUAGUCUGCCCAGACAGUCACACAUAGGCAGUCACACACACAGGCAGGCAGUCACACACACACACACACACACACACACAGGCAGAUAGUCUCACUCACAGGCAGACAAUCAUACACACAGGCAGAGAGUAACACACACAAGCAGACAGUCAAACACACACCCACACACAAAAAAGGGCAGACAGUCACACACACACAGGCAGACAGUCACACACAAAGGAAGACAAUCAUACACACAGGCAGACAAUCAUACACACAGGCAGACAGUCAAACACAGACCGUCACACACACAGGCAGACCGUCACACACACACAGACAGUCACACACACAGGCAGACAAUCACACAUAGUUACCUCUGUUCCUUGUGGAGGCAGACAGGCAGUGUAGCUCCUGGAUUCUGGUUGUUGGGGGAAGCAAGGACUCCUUCCUGCUUCCCCUGCAGCAGUUACACAGCACUUUAGCUACGCCCCCACCGCAGGUAAGCCCCGUCCCAGCCGAAAAUUAUUUUUUUUAUCCUGUGCGGCCGCAUGGUGCCCCCUGCUUCAUGGCGCCCUGUGCGGCCGCAUGGCGCCCCCGCUUCAUGGCGCCCUGUGCGGCCGCACACCUCGCACACCCCUAAGGCCGGCCUUGCACACAGACAGGCACACACACAUACUAAGACACAUACAGACAGACACACAGACAGACACAUACAUACAGACAGUCACACACAUACAUACAAAGACACAUACACACAUACAGACAAACAGAUACACACAUAAGACACAUACAUACAAAGACACAUACACACACAUACAAUCAGACACAUACAUACAUACAGUCCGACACAUACAGACACAUACAUACAGACCGUCACACACAGACAGACACCUACAGACAGACAUACAUACAGACACAUACAGACCCACACACACACAAGACACACUUACAUACAAAGACACAUGCAUACAUACAUACAUACAUAGACAGACACACAAACAAGACACACAUACAUACAAAGACACAUACAGACAGACACACACAAACACAGACACAUACAAAAAAAAACACACACACACAUUUUUAGUCACCCUCCUGUUUCCUAUCUUUUAGGUGCAGGGGGGUGACAUUCCCUGGGGUCCAGUGGUGGCUCAGGUUGAUGGAAGUCAGAGUUCCCACUCCCUCCUCCUUCAUCCCACGUGGGCUCUGUGUAUGCUGGGAGGAGUGACCAGGGCAGUCACUUCCCCCCAGCAGUGAUGUCAGCGCUGACCAGGCCCCCUGACAAUCCGAUGGACCCCUUGUACGGCGGCCCCGGAUGUUUGCCGCCGGGGCCGCAAAAGAUGGCGGCAGGUACCUGGUCGCAGGGGUCCGCAGGGUGGCCAGGCCCCCUGGAGUGACGAACCUGGUCGCAGCUGCAAACCUUGUGACCGCGGUGUGUACCACACUGGGUUAUACAAAGGCCGUAGUUGCCAGUCUCCCUCCCCCCCCCCAGUUUAAAAUGUUAGCUCUGGAACUAUUGUUCAAAUUAAUAAAAAAAUUCUUCCUGUUCCAAGAGCUGUGUGUGUUGUCACAAAUGGUACUGCUUGUGCAUAGCAAUGGAUGCUUCCAGCUUCUGCAGGGAGAGACGUUGAGGGCAGCAACAGCUGUUCCACUUUAGGAUCCAAAAUUAAUAUUUCUGAACUGUUAUUCCAUGUUUAUGAGCCUCCCAGAGGCAUUCUUGUUUUAUUAUUUUAAUUACAUAUUUAACCCCUAAACAACAACAGUGUUAUUCACAUUUCUGAGUGCACAAAGUUCUAAAACAAAUUUGGUUAAUUAUUAUUAUUAUUAUUAUUAUUAUUUUUUUAUAUAUAAUUCUCUAUUUACUGAAAUUAUCAAGAUACAACGAGGCAUCCAUGUAGCAUAUUCUACAUUUUGACAUUGAAAGGCUGGGACAGAGUCCAAGCAGAGAGAUGGUAGUAAUAAUAAUAAUAAUGGUAAAAAAAAGGGGUGAACAGAAGUAAUAUUAUUAGCAAGGAAAUCCCUUAAUAACGAAAGUAUAAAUAGAAAAGACUGUUUGCUAAACAUCAGCAAUCAUAUACAUAUGAACACAGAAAUCUUUUUAAAAAGAAGAGAAAAAAGUAGGAAAAUUGAAAUCGUUGGUUACAGGCAAGGAAUUUGAGAUAAAAGAACAAAUACCUAUUUACCUGUUAAGAUGUCUUUGGGGCCUGCAAUGUGUCGGCUGCACAACAAGACUCCUUCAUAAAAGAAUUAAUGAGACUAUUUAUAAUGUUAGGAAAGGACUUGAAACACAUUUUUAAAAACUAAUCUGUCAAAAGUCAAAGAUAACUAAAACACAAGUUAUCAUUUUAUCUUGAAUCACAUUAUUGCAUAUUUACAAUAUUGUAUUGUGAUUUUAGAGAUACAACAUUAUAUUUUGUAUGUAAAUGCAUUUAUUCAUUGUGACUUAAAAUGUUGCAAUAUGUAAAUAAAAUUGUGGGUUUUUGUUUAAAAGGACACUAUAGGCACCCAGACCACUUCAUCUCAUUAAAGUGGUCUGGGUACAGCGUCUCUGUCUCCCUUAGUCCUGCAAUGUAAAACAUUGCAGUUUUAGAGACACUACAAUGCUUACGUUGCAGUGAUUAGACAGCCUCUAAUUCCUGUCAACCAGACAGCCACGAAAGACACUUCCAGAAAUUUACCAGUCUCUAGGUCCCCUGUUCAUGAGGACAUCCAGCGUCAGUUAAAUCCCAUAUGGGAAAGCAGUGAUUCAAUGAUUUCCUAUGGGGAGGGCCUAAUGUGCUUGUGGCACUCGUUGCGCUUGUGUGUUAGGCCCCUCCCCCAGCCCCCUGUUGAUGAUGAUGUUGGUGGUAGUGGAGUACCAAACCAGCGCAGAGAAACAUAAAAAAUACAACAAAAUCACAUAAUUGGAAAAUAUCUAGCAAACUCUGGGUGCAGUUUCUCCAGCUUGACUAUUAUGACCUAAAAUUUUAAAUUUACAGGUGAAUUUUAAACAAAUCCCAGUUUCAAUGAAUGACCAUAAAGAAAAAAUAAACACCUUAUUUCCCACAGGCAGUAUCUGAGCAUGCUGUUUAAAGCAGAGUAAUAAAAAGGAAUAAAAUCAGCAACUUCUAUUAUUAAAAUGCAAUAUACAAUUAACAGUGCGCUAAAAAGGGGUGGGUACAUUUUAAAAUUACUGUUCUUAAAAGCAAUUAGUAAUGCAUUAAAAUCUCUUGCUUGCAAAUACCCAUAUUCUCUUCAAAUCCUGAUAACAAGAGUGCAAAAUCUUUAAAAAAAAUUUUUUUUUACAUUUUGCUCUGCCCAGCCCCCCUACCUUUAGGAGUGCUGGUAUGGGCUCCAGCGGAGCGGCUGGCGUGCUGAGCGUGCAGUCCCUGGGGUCCAGUGGGGCUGCUGAAUGGCUGGUGUGCGGGCGGCGAGGGAGCAGUGAUCUCCCUGCUCAGCUCCCUCGUGUACCUCUUAGUGAUGCCGGAGCCGGAGUGACAUCAUAUUCUGUCUCCAGCAUCAGUGCUGUGCCCCUCAGGGAGCUGAUCAGGGAAAACACUGCUCCCUCGCUGCCCGCUGCCCUUUUAUUUUUUAAACUCUUGGCAGAACCCCAAUUGGUGUUGGUUCCGCGGAACAGCAAUUGGGAAACACCUUCACUAGAGUGACUGUUUCCAGCUUGGCUAUUUUUACAUUGAGUUUGAAAUUCUAUUUGAGUUCACCUUGUAUUCUCACUUCACUGAAUAACCUUUUUAGUCUUGUUUCCAUUGGAGGAAAGCAAAGCUGAUGUACUGACACUGUUUACACCUGUAAAGGUUGUGUUAACUUGGUACAGAUUUUUUAUGAAAAUGACAAAUGUGUGGCCAAAAUAGCGUAGCUUCAGGACUCUGAUAAGAUGUGGCCAGAUGACACUAUCAAAUCUUUUUUCUGUAUCUAGACUAAUAAGUGACUCCUCUAACCACUUGUCGCGCAGUCAUAAAGCCUUGCAGGUGGUCAUGCAACACAUGCUGAUUUCAUUGUGUUCUUAUUGUGAUUGCAAACCUAAGGCACAGCAGAAUUUAUGGCCUUAAUGAGCCAAAAAAUCUUAGCUGUGAUGGCAAACCAGUGGGACUGUAGCUUUGGUGAACUGUAUUGUCUAUGAUAGUUAGCAACUUGCUGACUGUUAAAUGAAAUCCAUAUUAUAUGGUACAUAGUGACAGUUGCUGCAUUCCGUGAAAUAUUUUGUGCCAAGCUAAAAGAUAUGUAAUAUAAUUGGAAACAUGUUUUAAAAAACAUAUUAAAAACUCCUGAACUGUUAAAAAAAAAAUUGAAACUUGUCAACACUUUCAUUAUUCUCUGUUGAUUAAUGUGAAGUAAUCUACACAGCUUUAGGCAAAAUCACACCCAUUGAUGGCCUAUUCACCUUAAAUAUAUCUUUUUUUUAAUUUUUUUUUUAAAUACUGUAAGUUGUGUAAAUGCACCAAGACUGGUGCUUAGAGUGUUCUAACAACAGAGCUGAACCCAUAUGAUCUCCUAACAUCACCAAAGAUACCCUUUUCAGUCCUCACACUUGACUGAAGUGUGACCGAAAACUUUAAAGUUAUAGGCAGCUGACAGCCAGGAGUUCCUUUAUGCCACAAAUAUUCUACUUACUACAUUGGCAGACAUAGACUGAAAGUUAUGUUAAAGUUAUAUUAAAAUUAAUACACAGGUUUUAGAUGGGUUGGGAAAGGAGUCUUAGUUGGGACGAUACAGUGCCAUUUUCAGUUAGCUAAUUUGGGGAGUGACUAUUCCUCUUGGUUGAAAAUGGUUGGGUUUAAACUAGUCCUGCACGAAAUGACAGCACCGAUAUGAGUUUUCCUCAGGUGAUUUUACUUCUGAUGAGCAUUGAAGUAGAUUAUUAUGUAUGUGUCACAUUUGCAUCCUGACACUUUCCUAGCAUAAUAAUGACUACACUAACUGUGUUAGCCUUGGAUCCUGUCUCUAUGAAUUCUGUCAUCAUAGCCUAACUCUGAGAUGGAAACUCCUUGGCAUCCUAGAAGGGAAGAGUACUUCACAAACAUCUGUUGUGAUCAAUACAUGCCACUACUUUCCUGAUACUCUUUUUAAACAGUCAGUCUUACACAACAUUGUAAUGAGAAGCGGGCUCAGCACUGACCACUCCAAAUAAACAUUUAUACACAGUGCAGGAUUGCGAUUAACAAAUGUGCUGCUCUGGGGUUUGGCUUUUAUUAUAAUUUAUUUGUGGUGGAAUAAAAUGUAAUGCAUGGAAAUUUAGUAAGGUUUUUUUUCCGAUAUAUAUAUAGACCAGUCCAGAGUAAGGAGUAUAUUUAAAGCAUUUUCUAGGUUGUAAUGGAAUGUACUCCUGGCAUGAUGUCUAAAGUUGAAUAUUUCCAUUUUUUUCUCUAAGACUCACUGAACACUGAGGAACCAUGGAGAAUGAUCAGGUUCCAACAACAUGCUCAGCACCUGUCUCAACAAUUACUUCGUCUCCAACCAAUCCGCCCCCCAUUUCCGUGUACAGCAGUUCAGACCGCCAUGCUGUGCAGGUAUGUGAAUUAAAUAUACUCCUGGAAUAAUAAUACAUCCUUUCUGUGCCUAAGAAAACAGAAACAAAUGAAAACAGUAAAAGAAUAAAUUUGACAUGGCCAAAAGUAUGUGACUGCCGUUAAAAAAAUAAUGGUUUGGGGUAUUUCAGCCACAACAGUAGGUGGGUAGGUUUAUAUUAUCAUGUACACAGCCUUGGUAUUUCCAUAGACACUGUCACGGUCGCAGUGUGAUCUGUUUAAGAUUCUGCAGAUACUGUAAGAGCAACUUCAUCACAUUGCAGUGAAUCCCAUAUGUACUGUUGCAUAACUCUGUAAUAUUCAACCGAUUUAUGUAAAAAUGUAUCACACACUUGCACUGUAUUACGCAGAUUAUAAUGCUGUAUGUUUUUCUUCUUUCUGUUAAAGCUAAACAAUCUUAAUAAAAACAAGACAUUGAAGAAGAAAAAAGAAUCUGCAGAUAUGUUCCAUACAUGUGAACAUGCCAUAACCACUUCCCUACCCUUUUUAGGAUUUACCAUUGCUUGCCCCAAGCUGUUGCACUUUCAUAAAACGCUCUUUAUUUUAAAUAUAAUUUACACAGAAUGUGCUCAGAAGGAAAGCCAACUUCUAACAUGUUAAUGUUCACUUCUUAUUCUGUACUUUGCGGUUACUGCUAGAGUAUUAGCAGCUGUUGUCAUCUGGAAUAAAUAAAAGAUUAAUUUAAUUAUCAAAAUAAUACAAUUGCUUAAAGGGACACUGUAGUCACCCAGACCACUUCAUCUCAUUGAAGUGGUGUGGGUGUAGUAUGCCAGUCCCACUUAGUUCCGGAAUGUAAAUCAUUGCAGUUUUUUACCAUUUGUAGGUUAAAGGGGCAGUCUAAGCCAAAUAAUGCAGCUCAUUGCAGCCACUAGUAUAUGGACAAUAUCCCACUUUAGUUUGACAGUGGUUUGACAUAAAUAGGGGUAGCCCUGGCAUCAUCUUUUUUGCCAACUUGUUAAUGCAUAACUUACAUUACCAUAGUACCAAUAUAAAUUCCUUGCGCUGUACUCAAUCGACACUGAACAUCGAUACUUCAAUCUUUGCAGGAUGAUCCCAAAAAGUCUCUUCAAUGGCUGUCUGAAUGACAGCCACUAGAGGUGGCAUUAUGAAGCAGUAUAAACUCUGCCUUUUGUCUGUAAUUUACCAUGCUCAGAUAGCAGGGACAGGCUGUUUGGUUUUUCCCCAGAACCCCAACCCAUAAUACUUGCACUGAGUACUAAACUACAGCAAUAUCUAUACUUUUUUAAAAAUUCCUAAUUCUUAAUGCUAAAAUCAAUAAACAAAAAUAUACUUGUAGUGAACCUGAUAAAAUGGACAAUCUCUGUGGCAUUGCUUUUAAUUACCAAUUCCAAUUUUGAAUUCCAUAACCCUAAUGCUGUUUGCUAAUACUAACUCUAAUAACUAAAAUACUUUGCAUCAAUUAGUACUGAUAUGUGAACUGCUUUGCAGUGUCCAACAUAUAUAGGCAAAGACAUACAGAGAAGGCUUGGGGAUAAAAAAAGUUAUAGCAAUAAAUGGAAACAAACUAAUUUUAACUUCCCCUUUUUAGUGAAUUAGAUAUUUUACAAGCAGAUGUCCACAUGCUUUUGGCCAUGUAGUGUGUAUACACUGCCUUUGUAGGAGGAGAUAGAAAACAAGUUUGAAUUGUUUAAAAUAAAUAAGCUUGGGAUGUAUGAAUCUAUGCAUAGUUUGGAAGAGGAACAAGACAAUUGUUGAAAGCCGAAUAUGUGUUUCCAUUAAAAAUAUGUAUUGUCAGUAUCAUAAUGUGCAUUUUCUGCAGCAUAGUAGCCAUUCUUUCUCUCACCACUAGAGUGUGCUAUGCACCUACAUUUUUUCCUAAUAAGCUGUCACUAGUGUUUCAGUAAUUUUUGCACACAGUGAUAUUUUUCUAACUUUUGGAGGCGGGGAGGAUCUAUUCGAAACGUAAUAAAAGCAUAAUGACAUAUAACAAGCAAAAUGUACUGCAACACACCAUAAUUACAUUAACAGUAGUAGUAUAGAUGUGGUAUACAUCAUAAGUAAAUUAUGGGAAAGCCUGUGUGAAAUUAUCAAUUGUAAGGGUAAAUAAAUAAAAUUGAUUCCUAGAUAUUUAUUAGAUUAGUACUUAAGAGAACAUGUCAAGGAACCCUAACCCAAUUAGCUAAACCAUUAACAUUUUGCAGACAGCAGUGCCUGUGCCCCAAAGUAAGAAGUCAAAACUUUCUAGAAUGCUGUAGUGGUUAUAGUGCUUCCUUUCAGAUAGAAGUUGAGGUAAUGAAUUGCUGUAGCAAUUAAACAGAGAGCAAGUAAUAUAUGUAUUAUGAUGCAGGCUUUAUUUUAGAACCUUUCAGUUUGUUAGCAUAUCAGAAAUACAAACUGAAAGUGCUUGCAAUGGGCACAUACGUGCAGCUGUUCUGUAUGCUGUAAACAUGACUGUGAUAUAUACUGCUUGAUUUCGAAAUGAUAAGUUACAGGUAGUUCAACGUUUUCAAAAAAUUCUUAAUGAAUCAGUCCUUUAUACACAACUGUUCAGAUUGCUGCAUAUGAUGUUAUCUUAUCCCUAUUUAAAAUAAAAUAUUUGGGCUUUAGUCACUAACCUGUCAAAGGAGGUGAAUAUAUAAAAAACUUUUAGGAUAAAAAAUAUUUGUACUUUAUGUUUAUUUAUGCACUAUCUACUAUAUACAAUAUGUUAAAUGAACACUAUAGUCUUUAGCUUAAUGAAGAAGUUUUGGUGUAUAGUUCACGUCCCUGCAUUCUCACUGCUCAAUUCUCUGCCAUUUAGGAGCUAGACAAUGUGGGAGCCUCUUUUGUGCAAUUAAAGUUCAAUUUACUUAGCAGGAGAAUAAAAACUUUAAGUAAAUUAUGUCUGAUUAAAAAUCAAACCAUUUUUUUUCAUGCAGGCUGUGUGAGUCACAGCAAAGAGAGGUGUGACUAUGCUGCGUAAACAGAAACAAAAGUGAUUUAACGCCUACAUGGAAGAGGAUUGAGCAGUGAGACUGCAGGGGCAUGCUCUAUACACAAAAACUGCUUCAUUAAGCUAGCGUUGUUUCAGAGACUAUAGUGUCCCUUUAAAAUGGAAGAGACCUCUAAGCCUAUUCACAUAUAAGCUUUCAUUUGGCCUAUGGUCUAGUUUUAGCUUGGAGUCCACAGUCUGUUGUCAGUCCCUCAUAGGUACGGAGUUGACACAGCCAUUUAGGAGCUAGUGAAUCAAUGCUUAUAAGUAGGCACAUAGAGCCUGUUAACGUUCUAGUGUUGUAAAAUAAGAAGUUGGGCUUUUAUAGUCAUAGUAAUUUAAAAAUGUUUAGUAUUCCUGUUUAGAGUGUACAUUUAUGCCUGGGAACUUGAUGCUGCUGUGUUUUGUACCUCAUUUUGUGCAAUAUCAAACUUGCGGGCAAUGUUUUAUUUUCUUAUAUUGUUUGUUUUAUAUGCUGUUUUAUCCUCAUUGCCUUUUCAAAAUAAAGAUUUUAUUUUAAUUUUUUUAAAGUAACUUGGAACUAACACGUAACAUGCCAUAGGUUAUCCAACAGGCUUUAAAUCGCCCUCCGAGCUCAGCAGCACAAUAUCUUCAGCAGAUGUAUGCUGCACAACAACAACAUCUUAUGCUACAGACUACUGCGCUACAGCAACAGCACUUAAGCAGCGCUCAACUCCAGAGCCUAGCUUCUGUUCAGCAGGUAAACCAUCCUUAUUACUGGUUUUGGAAGCGGUAAGUCAUUGUAAGUCUGAUAUUACACUAUAAUCACAUUGCUGACUAUGGCAACAGCUUCAUGGAGUGGUUAAAACAGUCAUCAUAUGUAUGCUACUAUUGUAAUUCUUUUAAUUAUAUUUGCCAAUAAAAUUCCCAAUCUGUGUUAUAGGAAAUUAUUUUCUCUCUUCAGAUUCACUGAUAAUUUAAAUGCACAGAAAAUCAGUUAUAAAAUCCCAAUGUGCCAUAAAUUGCCAGAAUAUAUCCAACAAAGCAAGAAUGAUAGUGAUAUGUUAAUGUAAUGCACCUAUCUUUUACUUUCUUUAUUUUAUAUUUUGGAACAAUUACUGUGAUCAUAGUGGAGAGGCAUUCUUAAAUGUAUUGAUAAUCUAUGAAUAUAGCCAGCAAUCCCUGUCUAUUGAUAUAGUGUUAAAGAAAUCCUUAUUUAAUAUUUUGAUGUAAGAUUUAUGUCCCAAGCACAUCAUUAUUCCCUAAUAAAAUAGGUGCCAGGUCCAGCUAGGGUUAACCCUUUUUUAUAAACAUAGCAGUUUCAGAGAAACUGCUAUGUUUAUGUUAGGGUUAAUCCAGCCUCUAGUGGCUGUCUCUUGACAGCUGCUAGAGGAGCUUGCAUGCUUCUCACUGUGAAUGCUUUCCUAUGGACUGACUGAAUGCGCGGGCAGCUCUUGCCACGCAUGUGCAUUCAGCCGAAGAGGAGGAGAGCUCCCCGCCCGGCGCUGGAGAAAGAGGUAAGUUUAACCCCUUCCUCUCCAUCCAGCCCGGCGGGAGGGGGACCCUGAGGGUGGGGGCACCCUUAGGGCACUAUAGUGCCAGGAAAACUAGUAUGUUUUCCUGGCAUUAUAGUGGUCCUUUAAUGCUUAAUCACAUUAUUCCCCAAUAUUGCCCUGUGAUUGGUUAGUUUUUUUAUGGCAACCAUCACACUGCAAUGAAGGAAAUUGUAAAAUGAAAAUUGCCAUUUCAAUUUUAAUUAUUGUGGUGUCCUUCAGCAUUUUUCCCUAAUGGUGUGGAAUAGAGGUAGGAGUCACUUAUUGGGCACCUCUCCUAAGGCAGUGAAAGAGUAAAUAUUAUAGCACAUCUUUUAUUUUAUUCGUAUUUAGUUUUUGCAAAAUACCAUCUUCUGCAAUAUUAGGUAGAAUUCACAUUUUUCAGACUUGUUUUUUGAACAGACCAUUGUCGGCAUUAUUGAUUUUGAAUGCAAUUUACUUUUUUGAAAAGUUCCUUUUUAAUGCCUUUAGCGAUCAAUCUAAGAUCCAUAAUUUCCUCUCUUUUUCAGGCAAGUGUAUCUGGGGAUAGAAGAUCUGCCUCACCAGGAAGUGCUUCACAGCAAUCAAAUGUCUCCCAAACCUCUGUAAGUCCUGCAGGUCAUGUUUCCUUACAUACGGUAACUAAUCUGGAAACUCUGUAAAUUGAUUUUUAUUUGCUGUAUACCGAGAUUAAUCAAAUGCUUUAUAUUUUUUUAAAUGAAAAUAUAUGUAUUUGUAAAUAUAACAUUUAACAUGUAAAAACUGAGCUUCACUAUAAUGUGUCAUUUAUAUAUAUAUAUAUAUGGAAGACUUAAUAACCACAAAAAUUGCAAUAUUUAUUGAGUCAGUCAGUUGCAUGUUUGUAUAAAUAUAUACAUUUUUACAUCAUUUUUGUAUUCCAAUAGUUAUAUAACUGAGAGAUAUAUAAAAGGUGGAGUAUCUUACAUCAGAUUUCAUAAAAUUUCAGAUUGGAAAGGGUAGAUAGUCCUUGGUAGUUAUAAUCUUAAAUAAAGAGAAAAAAUCUGAUGUAAGAUACUCCACCUUUUAUAAAAAAAUUUGUUGUUAAAUAUUUGUUGGUGUGGGUUAAGGGGAACCCACACAGGUGUAAGAGUACCACAUACGGAUUGUACCACUUUGGUGAUUUUGCAUUUUUAUUGUAUAUAUCUGAGAGAGGCAGAUUUGUAAAUAGACUUAUAAAGUAUCAGCUCACUAAUAUUUACAUUCCUGCAAAACAUAAAAGCAUUGUUAUAACCGGGAAACUCCCUAUAUAUAAAAGAGCAGCCAAACUUGACAAUGUUAUCUCUUUUUCAUUUAUGGACGUAAAUUGCCAGUAUCCUGCGCUUAUUGUAAAGACUUUAAUAUGAUUCUUUAGGUGAAUCUCUCUGCUUCACCUCCACCUUCUCACGUUAUGAGUCGAUCGCAGGCAGCCAAUACUACCAGUAGCAGUAUCACCCAGAAGACCAUGCUGUUGGGAAGCACAUCUCCAAGCAUAAGUGCAAGCCAGGCCCAGAUGUAUCUUCGAGCUCAGAUGGUAAGUGCGGUAUAUGAAACAAAAAUGGAUUUGUUGAAUAAAACGAUACAAACAAAAUCAAUCACUCGCUCUUUUAAGUUAUGUAUCUAUUGAUUACUAAGCUGUGGUGAAUAACAAAGAAUCAAACUAACAAAUAUAAGCUAGCAUGUCUUCAACAGAAUUAAUCAUGCGGAAUAAAUACUUAAAUUAUCGAGGCUGAUUCCAUCCAAUCUGGGUGGCAGUGAUAGGUCAAAAUAAUUAUAGUCCAUGUUGUAGCUUUGUAAGAGGCAUCUAUGCUCAACAUAGUAUUUUCUAUGUAGGAUUUUCAGAUUCUGCUAUUGGGUGGAUAUAAAUGCUGCGUCCCCUAGUAUUUUUUAAUGAGUACAAUAUCCCCCAAAAUCUCCCCUUUUCUAAUUCAUUAUGUUUUUGUUUUUUUUUGACAAUCUUUAUUUAGUAUCUGUUUCAUACGAAGAAACAAGUAACAGUCGGUCUAUAGCCUGACCUCUGCUGUGUUGGGGAUUUUUGGUCGUCUCCCCACUGUAGUGUUCCCGGUUGUGCCCCAGUCAGCAGUGGUAAGAGGCUAGGCAUUAGUACUCCACUCGUGCGUUUAGUUGUUGCCACAAACUUGUUAUUUAUCAUGUGCCCUUUUAAUACCAGGGUCUAGUGUACUGCAGUGGCGGUUGCGGAAUGCAAUUUUCAGUCAUAGGGAGCCUCUUAGGAGUCUAUGCUUCAAAGUUCGGGGUCCUUUGGCUUUUGCACAGUAAGUUCUCUGUUGUGGGGCCUACGGGCUAAGGCAUAGAGGGUUGUAGGGAGCCUAUUGCUGGAAGUCAAUCGGUAGGCCAGGUUUGUCUGUCAUGGGGGAUAUGUCCAGCUUCUGUCAGUACUGUGAAGCGGUGGAUUACCAGUGUGGGAGACUAUGCGGUUGUUUCAGGCCUAGUCUGGCUGUCAUUCCAGAGGCUAUUUUGUGUUGCCGCUAUAUCUCCCUAACUACUGUUUAAGCAGUGAUCUGGGCGUACGACUCUCAAGCUGGUGUGCUGUCUUGUUUCAGUGUGAUAGGUGUGGGUAGCGAGUAUCUGUCUAGUUGUAUCCAAUUGUUGGGAGCUCCCCGUCCUAUCCAGGGCGGGUCGUGUCCCUACUGUGAGUCUGUCCGCAUGAGUAUGUAUUCCUUCUACUGUCGGUGUCGGUCGCCAGGGAGUCAGUCCAAGGUCCGGUCAGGUGGUAGGGAGGGGUGGGGGAUAUCGACACAGUGGGAAAGGGUUGGCUGGCGUGUUUAGAUAUGUGAGCUCCGGGCUUCAGUGGGCCCCUGGGGCGUUGUGUUCCGGGUCACUAGUCUCUUGGCUAGGUAAGAAGCCCAUGGGUACCAGGUCAAUACACACUGCUCCUGUCUCCCAUGGAGAUCUGCCGUUAAUGUUUCCAUUGAGUGUAUUUCUUCCACCCUUGUCACCCAUUGCUGGAGGGUGGGUGCUCCCUUCUGUUUCCAAAUAACGGGGAUAAGGGACUUUGCUGCAUUUAGUAGUGGUAGCAUUAGGGACUUCUUGUAUGCCUUUACGGGGGUGGGUGUGUGGUGUAGUAGCAUCGUUAGGGGUUUGAGAGGCAGAUCUGAUCCUGUGACUCCUUGUAUCUCCCUCCUGAUUUUCUCCCAAUAUGGGGCAAUUACGGGGCAUGUCCACCACAUGUGGAAGUAUGUGCCUAGGUGUGUGCCGCAUCUCCAGCAUGUGUCUGGUGUGUUCUCAUGCAUGCGGUGUAGGGUGUCGGGUGUUCUGUACCAUCGAGUUAAUAUUUUGUAGUUCAGUUCUUGGAACUUAGAACUGAUAGAGCAUUUGUGUGUGAGGGUGUAGAUCUUGUCCCAUUCCUGUGCUGAAAGGGACUCCCCCGUGUCCCUCUCCCAGUGGUCCUUAAAUCGGAGCACCACUUCCCCACCGGUCUGGUUCUGGAGUGUGGCGUAUAGGGUCGAGAUACCCCUGGGGAUGUGAGUUCUGUGUACGCACAGGAGUUCGAAGCUGGUUAGGGGCCUGAGCAGAUGCCCACGUCCCGGCAGGGAUUGGAAGUAUGUUUUUAUCUGGUGGUAACAAAACUGUUCGAGCAGCGUUGCAUUAUGUUUUUAUUUCAGAUAUUAACUUGAAACUUUGAUCUGGGAUUAUUUGGAAACAUAUUAUUUGCUCGUGGAAGUGUACAUCAAAAAAUCCCUGUAGAUGAAGUGAAUAAAGGAAAUGAUACUAAUUUCUGCUGUUGAAUGUGAAUUCAGUAUAUAAAAGAGAAUCUCUGUCUAAAUGACCUUUUCCUUUAAAAAAACGUUUCUUCAAUAAAUAGUUCACAACAUGAAAUUUUGGGACAUGUCAUGUUAAACCUAGUGAAACAAAAAAAUAAUAAAAAAUGAAAUCAUCAAAUCCAGAUCAACACGUCAUUGGCUUUAACCCCUUAAGGACACAUGACAUGUGUGACAUUUCAUGAUUCCUUUUUAUUCCAGAAGUUUGGUCCUUAAGGGGUGAAUGAUCAUACGCAUUGACAAACAACUUAGAUAAUCAAUAAAAAUGAAAGUAAACCCAAACAAAAAAAAGGUAUGUUUUAGUUAUUAAAUGAAGGAUGGAUCUAUUCACAUACUGGGAUGUAGUAUCAGUUGUGUUGUUAAGUACGAGUCUCAGUGAGGACUGUGUAGUUCUUUAUUUGAAUGUAGUCAGAAUGUUCAUUUUCAUUAAAUUGUUGGUUUACAUUUAUUUCAGUUGAUAUUUACACCAGCAGCUACUGUUGCUGCUGUCCAGUCUGAUAUUCCUGUUAUAUCUUCAUCCUCCUCACUAUCUUCUUCCCAGCCCUCUGCAACGCAGGUAUGUACAAUGGAUUAUCAAUUUUUAUGUAGUGAUUAGUUAGAAAAUCAAAAUGUUUGAGCUAAUUAUUUUAUCCUUGCAAACUUUAUGGAAGCUUUAUUUUCUGUAUUAGAUCCUUAUAGGAAUUGCCCAUGUAUGACUUACAGUUGGUGUUCAGUUCUGUAGAGCAGCACUGGCUAACUUUUAAAUGCAUGGCAGAGAAUGCUAAAAAAUGUAUGUGGCUAAACCGGCCUCGCCACGUGUCCUUGGAGGGGGCUGCUUGCCCGCCUCUUGCCUUUGGACUAUGGACCAGACUUUAUGAGAAUGUGUUAACCCAGAUAGAUAUGCCAUGGAGCCCAUUUGUGUAGUUAAAGACUUCGGCUCCAUAGCAAUUGAACUGUGUGAAUAGGAUCUGAGCGCUCUUCAGUAGUUUUGUGUGCUCAGAUCCCAGCUAUCUGGGGAUAUGUGAAAUGUCUGUGUGUUAUGUGAAAAGGUUACUUUAUGUAUUUUAAAGUGUUUUGUGUCUUUUUGCAACCAUGUGCUUAAUGGAGUCUUGUGUCUGUCCUGGGAGAUAAUUGAAUUACUCUCCAGGAUAGAAGACUCUGAAACUGGUUUGGGCCAGAAAGCCAUGCUUCAUUUAGUCACAAAGGACUUUCCCUUAACUUUUGAACCCCUGGUCUGAUUCGUGCCAUUUUUUAAUAUGUUGUUCCCCUGAAUGGAUUGAUUAUGAAAAUGUAAGUUUUAUGUAUGUACGAUGUUAACUCACAAAGUUAUAAAAAUGUACAAAAAGUAACUUUUCAGCUUGGAGAUAAUUGAGUAGAUACAGUAAUUGACUCAAUUAUCUCCUAAGCAGAGGGGAGGAAUAUGCUGGGUGUGUUUCUAUUGUCCCAUUGUGUCUGAUUGGCUGCUGUACUUGCAUUGUAUGUGUUGUAAUGUGUUUAUUGGUGGUUCUGCAAAACCCUGUGGGCAGUACUAUGUUUUGUGGAUUGUAAUAAAAACCAGGCUGGGUGUGCCAGCACUGGAGUUCCUGUUUUAACCCUCAAAGUGAAGUGUCGUCUCAUUAUUGGGGGAAGGAUUUAUUGUAUGCUGUUCCAGUUUGACUGCUAGGAGAGUAAACCUAUUCGUAUGGUUCCUAUUCAACUGUCUACAGCAUUCAUAUGCUUGAGAGGAUUCAUAUGCUUCUCCGGUUCGGUGGUUGUGGUGUCUGCUGCAGUGCUUGGAGUCCUCAGGAAGCGCUAGGAGCAUCCUUUAACGGAGGUACCCAGUUGGGGUGCCAGGCGAUCCGUUACAUUGGUGGCAGCGGUGGGAUGGCGUCCUAGUGCGAGGUAAAGCAGCUCAGAGACACCGUUCGUGGAGUUACAAAUUGAGGGCAACGCUAGCACACGUGCAGCGCCCCUGGGAGCAGAGGUAUCCAGCGACUUGGAGCAGACAAGUAUGGAAGGCUCUGGCGAUGAUUGGAUGGCCGAGGUGAGGCAGCGAGUGGCCCAGUAUGGGGAUGAUUUACCCAUGGAGGUACGCCGGGUGAUCUGGAACCAGGUCACGGCCGAGCGAAACACAAGGCUGGCCCGAGAAUUCCGGCUGGCGAAAGAGAGAGAGUAUGCUCAGCGGAAGGAGUGUUACAGCAGCCGAGUAGAGGCUGCAUCCGAGGAGGCUAGCCGUCUCCCCCUGAGGCGGCCACAGGAACCCGAAGUAGGGGUCCUCAUAGACUGGUCCUGUGAGGAACCACAACAGGCAGGUGGAGAUGGGACUGGCCCAGAUCCCCAGCAGCAGCCGGAGUUGCCAGGUGCGGAAGCAGGUGGUCCUUACUCACAAAUGUUGAGGGACCUCACAGACUGGUCCUGGGAAGACCCACAGAUGGCAGGUGGAGAUGGGACGGCGGUCUCUCUACCGGCCCUACAGGGAUGCUGGGCGGCCGGCCCAGAUCUCCAGCGGCAGUGUGUACCCCAGGGAGCAGAAGGUGCCGUCCUUCCUCCCCAGCGGCAGUGUGUACCCCAGGAAGCAGAGACCGUCUGUCUCGCACCCCAGCCGCAGGACAAAAUAUUGAAAGGGGAGACAGUUGGUCCACCUCUCCACCAGCAAAGAGAGUGUCAGGGAGAGGAGCAGGUUACCCCCUCUCCCCAGCGGCAGUCUACAGUUCAGAGAGAGGAGCUUGUUACACCCUCUCUCCAGCGGCAGCCUAACCCACCAAGGGGAGAUGUUAAGCCCCACAACUAUGCAGAUGGGACCGUAGUCUCUGCACUUGCAGCACCAGGGGUAGGGACGGUCGGUCCUGUCCCCCAGCCACAGAGCAGUGUAUCCAGAGGGGAGACAGUCGGUCUCCCCCUCCCACAACCAGGCUCCAACCAGGCUACUUCAGUGGUAGCGCUGGCACCCGGGCAGAGUACCGCUGGUCUCUGCCCACUCAGCAACCCACCAAGGCAGUCUACCAGCCCCCCGCACAGCCGUGGUGAGGCACCUGGACAUGGACAAGUUGCUAUUUUAUCCAGGUGUAGUAACCAGUUAUUGUGGGUGGGCUGUAUUGCUGUUUGUGCUUCGUGGGUGGGUUGCUGGACUAACCAGGGCACUGACCGGCAGGAGGUCAGAUACCCUGUUAGUCUGGAUGGUAAAGGGGAGAAAUGUGGCGAAACCGGCCUCGCCACGUGUCCUUGGAGGGGGCUGCUUGCCCGCCUCUUGCCUUUGGACUAUGGACCAGACUUUAUGAGAAUGUGUUAACCCAGAUAGCUAUGCCAUGGAGCCCAUUUGUGUAGUUAAAGACUUCGGCUCCAUGGCAAUUGAACUGUGUGAAUAGGAUCUGAGCGCUCUUCAGUAGUUUUGUGUGCUCAGAUCCCAGCUAUCUGGGGAUAUGUGAAAUGUCUGUGUGUUAUGUGAAAAGGUUACUUUAUGUAUUUUAAAGUGUUUUGUGUCUUUUUGCAACCAUGUGCUUAAUGGAGUCUUGUGUCUGUCCUGGGAGAUAAUUGAAUUACUCUCCAGGAUAGAAGACUCUGAAACUGGUUUGGGCCAGAAAGCCAUGCUUCAUUUAGUCACAAAGGACUUUCCCUUAACUUUUGAACCCCUGGUCUGAUUCGUGCCAUUUUUUAAUAUGUUGUUCCCCUGAAUGGAUUGAUUAUGAAAAUGUAAGUUUUAUGUAUGUACGAUGUUAACUCACAAAGUUAUAAAAAUGUACAAAAAGUAACUUUUCAGCUUGGAGAUAAUUGAGUAGAUACAGUAAUUGACUCAAUUAUCUCCUAAGCAGAGGGGAGGAAUAUGCUGGGUGUGUUUCUAUUGUCCCAUUGUGUCUGAUUGGCUGCUGUACUUGCAUUGUAUGUGUUGUAAUGUGUUUAUUGGUGGUUCUGCAAAACCCUGUGGGCAGUACUAUGUUUUGUGGAUUGUAAUAAAAACCAGGCUGGGUGUGCCAGCACUGGAGUUCCUGUUUUAACCCUCAAAGUGAAGUGUCGUCUCAUUAUUGGGGGAAGGAUUUAUUGUAUGCUGUUCCAGUUUGACUGCUAGGAGAGUAAACCUAUUCGUAUGGUUCCUAUUCAACUGUCUACAGCAUUCAUAUGCUUGAGAGGAUUCAUAUGCUUCUCCGGUUCGGUGGUUGUGGUGUCUGCUGCAGUGCUUGGAGUCCUCAGGAAGCGCUAGGAGCAUCCUUUAACGGAGGUACCCAGUUGGGGUGCCAGGCGAUCCGUUACAAUGUAAUACAGCUAAAAUCAUUUGGAGCGCUAAAUGUUAGUGUCACUGCUUUGGCAGUGAUAAUUCCAACAGAUUCACAGUCAGCAAAUAAGCAAUACAAUAAAUUGAUUUAGCCAGGGAGGAUACUUUGAGCUCUCCAAGUAAAUGUAUAUUAUUACCCAGCUUGAUGUUUUUCAUUUUAUUGACCUUGGAAUAAUGGAAGGCUGAAUUGAUCCUGCCAGAUGUAAGACCUGCAAGGUAAAAAUGUAUUUCAAACAAUGUUCCUAAAGCAUUAACUACUAGACUAUAUCAGUGGAACUCCAUCUGCAAGUGUUUCCUGUGAAAAAGAUGCAGAGAUUUCUUCAUUCCAGCUGUGACUUUGAAAAUGAGCAGCCAUUGGUGUAGAAGCAGUGCUUUUUAAUGGAAUUAUUUUAACAGGAAGCAGUGGGAGUAUGGGUAUACUCUUCCUCUUGCAAUUCUUAAGAAGGAAUCUGAAUAAUCUAAGCAGAGCAUACUGUUUUUAUACCUUACUCAUCGGUAUGUUCAAGAAAUUUGCACAAAUCAAUACAAUUUGCAAAAUUUGGCUGUUAUUGGUAAUAAUGCUACAUAUAGUAAGUACAGCACUUAUGUGAUAACACAGGUACCUGUAUCUGAAAACUAAACUGCAACAAUGAUCACUUGAUAUAUUCCCAUAGCCCCAUUUCAUCCUUACUUUUAGAACCCUUUUACAGAUAAGAUAGAAGGACUGACCUGAGGUGGUGCUUGAGAUAUGUUUCUAAGCCUAGUAAGAACAAGCACAAGGUCAGUAAAGAUUGUAAUCGUAUUUUGUAAAUUUCCUCCUGUAUAAAAAAACCCACAACAACUCCUUUUAUCAGUGGAUCUGAGCUGAUUGUUGUCAUUCAUGAAUGCAAAUGCUUUUUAGAGAAGGAGUUGCUAUAAAAGAACUAGAUUUUGAAAGCAGUCUAAAAUAAAAAACAUUGUUCUGAAUGAAAUUUCAGAUUUAUCUUGCUAUUCAGAAUAGCAAUGCACAAAUUGUAAGCAUACAUCCCUUUGUCAUAAACCUUUUGAAUUCAAUUAAUUGCAUUAUAUGGACCAUCAAUGGUCACAUUUGUUCUGUAUGCCUCUGGUUAAAAAAACAUAAAAUUUUAUGUAAACUGGAAAAAUAAUUUCAUGCAGCAAGAACCAUGUACAUUUAAUUCCAGGUUGGUUCUAUUCUCUCAAUAUCAGGCAACCGUGACUAUAUAGUGAUAUUCAUUAGUAGAGUUUAGGGAACCCUAGCUUUGCCUCUUUGUGUUAUAAGCAAUCAAAGUAUAGAUUCACUUCACUUUUUUUUGAGCAUGCAGAAAAGCUAAUUUGCAAAAGAAAUUCCAAGUAACACAGCAACGCAGGUGUUUACUCUGUGCUUCAGUGCCAGCUGGUUCAAACAAAGACACUUGUUUGCAUACUAAACAAUACAAUAAGACAAAAAAAUAAUUCUAUUUCCAGGAGCAAAUCAUUUCUAUCGUUUCUAAUUCUACUUCGUCACUGAGAUAUUUCUUUCAGUUCAAUAGUUAUGUGAAUCAAUAUACUUUUUGACAGUGAAGUUAUAUAUGAUUUAUGAUAUGGACACACGAAACCUCAGGUCCUGAAAACACAAUAGGAGCAGGGGUUACGUUUUCUCUCCAAGCGUGAUGUUUUCUGAAAACUUGCACUCUCACCUCCUUUACUUCACCAAAUAAGAUGUCACCUUUAGAAAAUGUAUAGUUUUUAUAGAUAAGCUUAAUGUAUGUGAUAAUUUAAAUUGGGCUAAUCAUUCACCUAAAGCUCCAGAAUUCUCAAGAUAUGUUACAAAAGCUUAAUUCUAUGCUGUGUAACACUGCAUUGGUGCAAAGAUUAUUACUACAAGCAUUCAUAGAAGACCUUUGUCUAACCUCUGUUUCGUAUUCCUAACUCUUAUGUUUGCCUUAAAGACUUCUCUAGGGCUGCACCAUUCCUGUGGAAUGCCCUUCCCCUCACUGUUAGACUUUCACCCAGUCUCCACUACUUUAAAAAAUAUUUGAAAACUUACUUCUAUAGGAAAGCAUAUCAAUUAAACAGCUUUCCCUUCCCGCACCCCGAUUCCUCUCCUGCAACUGUCAUAAGAGCUAAACACUAAGCCCUCAGUAAAUACUAUCAUAGCAACCUACUUUUCUACUCUACCCUUACCUUUUGUGUCAGUAUUCCCUACUGCCUCGAUCAUGUAAACUAAUUGAGCAGGGCCCUCAAUCCCUCUGUUCCUGUGUGUCCAACUUGUCUGGUUACUAACACAUAUGUACUAGUCCUCCCAUUGUACAGCAAUGGGGAAUUUGUUGGCGCUUUAUAAAUAAUAAUAACAUAUUCCACAGCGCUUUACAAUUCUUCAAAGGGAAUAUUUUAAAACAAGUAAUUGACAUGCAAAAAUUAACAGAAGCAAGAGGUGAAGAAGGCCCUUCUCUAACGAGCUUACAAUCUAUAAAUUAUGGUGCAAAGAAUACCCUGCACCCACUCUAUCUAAGAAUUGUUUAUAACUGCUGUCUCAUCAGUUAUCCAACUUGCACAUGCAGUACAUGGCCACCACACGCAAAAUAAGGUUUUCUCUCUCCUCCACACAGAGAGCAGAGUCUCAGCCAUGUGUAUGAACAUUCGGCUGCUCUGCCUAUUGCUGUUUACAGCCCACUUUACCAAACUGUAUAAACUGAUAGAACUGUGUUAUGGCUGUUAUCAGUUUAUAAAGGAUAUUAUAGUGUAUAUGUGGGCUAGCAGCUUGUUGAUCCAGGGAGUCCCGCUAGUUUGGAGUCUGAAUGGAAUUGUUUUCCCAGUAUGUGGCAAAACUUGAAAUCGCCUCAAAAUCUCACCUUCUUUUGGAUCAGUAAUACAGAUAUGUAAAAUGCUGAAGUUGAUUUACUUGAAACUUUUUUCAGCCAAUGUUACUAUGUAACUGUAAAACAGUUCCACUCAUUAAAGUGAUGAAAGGAACUAUACCAUUUGCUACUUUUUCAAUAAUUCCCUCCUGGACAGACACAACAACUAGGACGAGAGGCUUCUGGUUGGGGAAAUGAUUUUCUGGUGAGGGAGGUGUUUUCCUGAAGUUGCAAUCCCCUUAUCUAACCUGUGGAAAGUGAGUUUUUUUUUACACUUUUAAGGUAUAGGUUGUGCCUAUAAAAUUGUCAGAACGUAGAUAAAAUACAUUCUAGACACAUAAGUUGUUGUAUUUGAAAAAUGCAAUAGUUCUGACCUGCUGUGGCCAGGUUCUCAGGGUUGGAGUCUGGGGUCCUUGUUCUCUAUCCAUUCCCAACUCUUUCUCCCAUCCCUGGCUUUAAUGGUUUUAUUCACUAAUACAUGCAGACUAUUUCCACUAUGGUGUUAAUGUAAGUGGAACCUGACUUUGAUUGUCUCUUUGUAUAUGUUUCAAUUGACUAUGAAGCCUCAUGACUUACAUGGUGUGUUCUUUAGCUUAUUCAGAGGAACACAGAGAACAUUGGAAAGAACAUCUUAUUCAAAGUUGCCCCGAGCAAAUUCCAUUUAAUGUCAAUGGCGGUAGAGGCCAUGAUGUACUUAUCGACUUGAGUCAGCGUUUAGUUUGUCUGAAUCAACACGCUACCUGCAAAGAUGCUCCUGUUGUGCAGAACGCUCCUGAAGGAAGUCUCGCACCCAGUCAGACUAUCUCCAUUAUAUAUUCACAUUGUGUUCAUAUAGCACAGCCCUUGCCCUCGCCAAACAGUCAUACGUUUCCUCUCUCAUUAGUUCAUGCUCCUGCAAUCCCAGGCGUCUCUUUGACACCUUUAACUCUCUUCUUCGCCCCACUGUGGCAACCUCCCAAACUAACCUUACAGCCGAUAGCUUUGCAUACUACUUUACUGACAAGAUUUAGCAGCUAAGGAAAGAAUUCUCCCUACCUUGCCGUUCUCUUUCUCAACCACACAUAGAUCAUGCCUUUCCCACCCUUCAGACUUUCUCCCCGGCCACUGAACAAGAGGUGGCUGCGCUUCUCCUUUCCUCUUGCCCCACCACUUGCCCGCUUGAUCCUGUCCCGUUUCACCUUAUCAGAUCUCUCUCCCCUUGUCUUGUGCCUUCCUUAACACACAUCUUCAACCGCUCUUUCUCUUCUGGUGUUGUCCCUGCUGACCUUUAAAUAUGCCACUGUAGUACCUAUCCUGAAAAAAAACAUCUCUUGACCUGUCCUCCCCUUCUAACUAUUGUCCCAUAUCCUGGCUCCCCUUUUCCUCAAAGCUUCUGGAAAGACUUGUCUUUACCAGUAUGUUUCACUUCCUCAAUUCCAACGGUCUCCUUGUCCCUAUUCAAUCUGGCUUCCGCCCUCUCCACUCUACUGAGACUGCUCUUUAAAAAAAAUAAUUUUUUUUUUUUUUUUUUUGCAGUGCAUAGGAUGGUUACAUACAAGCCUUAGGUACCCCAAUGGCAGUCCUCCGACUAUUUAUCAAGCUUUACAUUCAGGGUAUUUGAAUGAACAUGAAAUUUUUUUACUAUGUCUGUAGUUUACAAUUGUAAUGUUUCUUAGAACAACGAACAGGAUAUUUGGUUUGUUCACAGGAUGUAUGCAGGUAUGCCUAGACAAAAUAUCUCGCCCUUUGAGAGUUUAUGAAAAGGGAAAACUAUUAAUAAACAUUAAUAAACAUGCUGAAUUCUGUAGGCAAGUGGACAGUGAUAGCUAUGCAUUCAAGCAGCGGUCAGCCAGGAUUGCAAGGUUAUGAUUACACCUGUUAGUGAGAUGCCACAUAGAAUGUUAGUGUCAGAGCAAGCAGGUCAGUAUCAGGCUGGUGUAACCUCUAGAGGUAUGUGUAGCAAAGUGCUAGCAUGUAAGUUGGCUAUAGUGCGUGUGAGACUCACAGAAAUUAAAGCCACUGAGGCUCUUCAAGACUGCAAACACAAUGCUUAUAAUCCGCUGCCUCAGUAGGUAGACAUUGAUAAGAAAGUAUAACAAACAAAAACAUAACUGUGUAGUCUGCGUACGUUAUAUUGGGCUUCAGGUCCCACAUUUAAAAUUAAUAAACUUUUGUUGCCUCCGAUUGAUGGGAGAGGGAGUCUCUGUGUGGUGAGCAGGGUCACAGGCUGCGGGCCGUGCGUCUCAUCAGUCCAGUAUGCCUCAGCCUAUGCCCUUUCUGGAGGCCUUGUGUGCGUACCUGAGAUGGUGAUCAGUUCGUUCCGCUGUCAUGCCGGUGUGCGAGAGGAUGUCCCCCGCCCCAAGCUGGUAUGCAGACCUGCAUUCCUUGGCCACAAACUCGGUCACCUCUAGGGCCCGAGUUUUCUCCUCUUGCGGGAGUAACAGAGGGUCUGGAGAUCUUCUGUCGCUUACGUCUGGUUUGCCUCAGUGUGUGUGGGCGAUGUGUCCGGGUUCUCAGCGGCUGCCUCUCCCCGGUGCUGGCUUGUGUAGGCCCCAUUGGGGGUCCUCAGGGUGUGUGCUUCUCAUGUGUUUGGGGUCAUUAGCUGCCCCCGGGAUUCCCCUGCUUGUCGCUUGCCUUUCUGACGUUUUCCGCUUCGAUUUUCGUUGUGUUUACCCCUUGAUUUGUUUGUUUUGAUCGGGAGCUGUUUCCCGGUGCGUGUGUCUCGCUCGGCAGUUAGGCUCCGCCCCUCUGAGACAGCUCUUCUCAAAGUUAUUAAUGUUACUAAUGACCUAAUCGCAGCUAAAUCCAAAGGCCACUACUCCAUAUUAAUUCUCCUUGUCCUCUGCAACCUUUGACACCGUUGAUCAUGCUCUCCUUCUUCAAACUCUUCAAUGACUCAGUCUCUGUGACACUGUCCUCUCGUGGUUUUCCUCCUAUCUCUCCCAACGCACAUUCAGUAUCUCUUUUUCUAAUGAUAUCUCCUCCCCCUCAUCCUGUCUCAGUUGGAGUUCCCCAAGGGUCUGUCCUUGGUCCCCCUUCUAUUUUCUCUUUAUACAGCCUCUCUUGGCUAACUUAUUACCUUAUUUGGAUUCCACUACCUGUACGCUCAUGACACCCAGAUAUAUCUCUCCUCCCCGGACCUCUCCCCUGCCGUACUGCAACGUGUCACUGCUUGCCUUUCUUCCAUCUCUGACUUGAUGUCCUCCCGCUUUCUGAAACUCAAUCUUUCUAAAGCUGAGCUCCUUGUCUUUCCUCCCCCUUAUACUGAUUAGGGAUCGACCGAUUAUCGGUUUUACCGAUAUAAUCGGCCGAUAUUCGGUAUUUUCGGCAAUAUCGGUAUCGGCCAAUUCAGAUACCGAUAUUGCCGAUAAUACCUCCUGAGACCGCCAGGCUCAUUACAAGCCCGGCGGGGGGGGCGGGCAUCAAGCAUUUACUCACCUCCCAGCAGCUUCUCCGGCUCCCCAGUGUAACUCUCGUGAGACCCGCGGCCGUCAGAGCGUUGCCAUGGAUCACCAUGGCAACGCUCCGCGCGACACGCUGGCCGCGAGAGUUGCACUGGGGAGCUGGAGGAGCUGCUGGGAGGUGAGCCAAUACCACUGGACCACCAGGGACUGCUAUAUCCCCCCUCCCUGGCCAGGCAACAAGCAGGGAGGGGGGACAACAAACAAAAAAUAAUAAUUAAAUCUAAAAAAAUAAUAAUAUUAAUUUAAUAAAAAAAUGCCCCCUCACACACACUCCAUUAUAUACACAUACACUACACAAACACACUGUGUAUAUAAUGCAGUGUGUGUGUGUAUAGUGUGUGUGUGUAUACAAUGCACACAAAUACACACACUGCAUUAUAUACACACACUAUACAAACACACACUGCAUUAUAUACACACACACUACACAAUAUAAUGCAGUGUGUUUGUGUAGUGUGUGUAUAUAAUGCUGUGUGUGUGUAUAUAAUAUACUGUGUGUGUAUACAAUGCACACAAAUACACACACUGCAUUAUAUACACACACUAUACAAACGCACUGCAUUAUAUACACACUACACACAAACACUGCAUUAUAUACACACACUACACACACUGUAUAUAAUGCAGUGUGUUUGUGUAGUGUGUUUAUAUAAUGCAGUGUGUGUUUGUGUAGUGUGUGUAUAUAAUGUAGUGUGUUUAUAUAAUGCAGUGUGUGUGUGUAGUGUGUGUAUAUAAUGCAGUAUGUUUGUGUAGUGUGUUUCUAUAAUGCACACUACACAAACACACUGCAUUAUAUAUACACACUAUACAAACACACACACACACACUCUGCAUUAUAUAAACACACUACACAAAUACACACAAACACUUUGCAUUUAGUAUAUACAGCAUUCACUUUAUGCACACUACCCACACACUACACAAACACCCUGCUUUCAUUAUAUACACACUACACUAAUACACACUGCAUCCACUACACACACUCGACAAAUACACACUGCAUCCACUACACAAACACACAUUGCAUCCUCAACACACACUACACAAACACACGCUGCAUCCACUACAUGUGGCAUGUAUAUUUUGUGCAUUUACCUUUAGAAAUAGUUUUUAUUUUCCAAAAUGGUAAAUGUACAGAAUAUCGGCAAAUUAUAUCGGCUAUCGGCCUGAAAGUUCACAGAAUAUCGGUAUCGGCUCUAAAAAAUCAAUAUCGGUCAAUCCCUAAUACUGAUCCUCCUCUUUCGCUCUCCCUUCAAGUGAGUGGUAACCACAUCAGCCAAUCCUUGCAAGCGCGCUGUCUUGGUGUUAUACUUGAUUCUGGCUUCAUAUUUGAGCUUCACAUCCAGUCUGUUACCAAAUCCUGUAGAUUCCAUCUUAAAAACAUACCCCGCAUCCGCCCCUUUCUUACACAAGAUGCUACCAAGGAGCUUGUCCAUGCUCUAGUAAUUUUUCCACAUGGAUUAUUCUAACCCUCUCCUAAUCUUCCCAAAAGCUGUAUUGCCCUGCUACAGUCUGUAAUAAAUGCUGCCGCCAGACUGAUUUUCCUCUCUAGUCGGUCCUCUUACACCUCACCCCUCUGUCAGUCCUUACAUUAGCUUCAUGUAUCCUAUAAUAUUUACAUUUAAAGUGCUAACCCAUACCUAUAAAGCAUUGAACAAUUCUAGCUCCUCUUAUAUCUCAUCACAGAUCCAUAGGUAUGCUCCUUCUCUGUCUCUCCGCUCUGCCUGUGACCUUCUCCUGUCCGCUGCUCGCACCUGUACGGCCAACUCACGCUUGGAGGACUCCUCUCCACCACCAUCAGACUCUCCCCUAGUCUUCAAUAGUUUAAGAAGUGCCUUAAAACCCAUCUCUUAAGAAAGCUUAUGGCCUCCCAGAGUUACCUCUACCUCACAUACCUGUCUCUUGCUCUCUCCUAAAGGGCAGCACUCUACUCUCUCUUCCAGCUCUGCUUCACUCCCACCUUAUUUGGUUGCUGUUUCCUGUCCUAAUGUGUUUUAUACCCCACCUCCUAUAGACUGUAAGCUUGUUUGAGCAGGGUCCUCUUCAACCUAUUGUUUCUGUAAGUUUUCUUGUAAUUGUGCUAUUUAUAGUUAAAUCCCCCCUCUUAUUAUAUUGUAAAGCGCUACGGAAUCUGUGGGCGCUAUAUAAAUGGCAAUAAUAACAACAUUUUGGGUCAUUAAGGUCAUCAUCUGGAGCAUGAAGGGCUACCUUUACUGCCAUGAUAAUCUGUAUUGUUAUUUUCAUACUUAUUUCGAUGGUGCCACCUUUGUGUAUUGAAUAUUUGUUAAUAUUUCAGAUAAAAAAAGUGCCACUGUCAGCUUGGUUGCUGUCACCAGUCAUAUCUUCAUGCUGUUGGUGCUGUCGUUUUUCUUUGUGUAGGUUCAGAAUUUAACACUAAGAAGCCAACCAAUGCUGGAGAUGUCAUGUUCACAGAGCAAUCCAGCAAAACAAGGCAACCACGACCAGCCACUCACUGUAUGUCAAAAAACCACUGUAACCAGCUCUAAAGCUAUCUACACAGAUUCCUGUUGUGAGAAUACCCACAGAGGAGAGAAUUCUGAGGCCCGCUGUACAGCUGUAACACGCACGUCGAGUUUACACCAGCUCAUAGCACCAGGCAGGUCUCAGACAUAACGUUAAAGAGUUUUGUGUAAGGGACUAUAAGGUUUAUAGUAUAAGGGUGUUUACAUGUAUUUAAGUGCAUAAGGCAUCUGAUAGUUAUGACUGAUGAUUGUUUUGGGCCGUACAUAUUUGUCAAGGGAAAACACUUGCUGUUCUUGAGCAAAGUGGUAAGUGGUUCUACCACAUUCUAUGGGUUUCCAUGGUGAUUACUUCUUCUUUAGUAUUUUGCCAAGAAUGUCACCUGCUUUUGCCUUGAUAAAAAUGACAAACUAUUUGCUUGUCUUAUAACAGUGAUGUAAGCCUCAGUGCAUUAUGGGAUUUAGGUUACUGUCCUAUCCUUAAAAGGAUUGGAGAUUAGUGCACCAAUUUUCCUGUCUAGGUUGCAGGAUAUGUAAAUCUCAACCUGCAUAUCUGGUAAUGCUGCUUCACUGGUAAUGCUAUUUUCACUUUGAUUUAGUGCUUCACAGCUGAAUAGGCUUUCGGAAUUAAAUUGUUCAUAGCUCUGCUAAUAAAUAUUGCCUUACCAGCAUGUUUCAAUUAGCAUGUAUAUGGAAUUUUGCACAGUCUUGCAUAUAAUAGUCUACUGAGCCGUAAAUAAUUGCCGAUUCACAGUAAUUUGUGAGGUUAUUCACUUAGGAUAUUUGUGAUAUAAACAAAACAGUAGGUAAGCAAAUGUAAAUACUGUUAUUUACUUUUUUACAGUGUCAUAUUCUCCAAUUCAUCCGCAUUCUCUUGGCAAAUAUCCAGCAAUUCCACUCCAUUCCGACCCCCCUAAAUUGUCCCAUCAUAAAAUGAUAUUACAGCAGCAGCAACAAAUUCAACACAGGCAUCAGAUUCAGACCAUUACCUUACACAAUCCAAAUAUAGAAACCCCUUCUGCUCAGCAGUGUAUACCAAUUACCAGUAUUCCCAUUCAUACCAGUACUCAUUCACAUCACUGCACCCCUGUUCCAACCCCACCACCCCCAUCUCCAGUUCUCUCACAGUCAGCCCAGCAAUCCGUGGUUGUGUCUCCUCAACCAAAUCACUCCCCAUGUCAGUCUCCUACUAUAAUUAUUCACCCACAAGCCCUUAUCCAGUCUCCAUCACCUCUGCUCAUGCAGUCAGCUCUUCCAUCAAGAAAUAAUUCACAUCACACUCUUCACAGUACAGUGCAUUCAGCACCGCAGCUAACUCUUCCAGCACACCUUCCACCACUUCCACCGGCUCAGUCACCAGUAACACACAAUGGAUCAUUACAGCACCAAGCUGUAGUUUCGUCUGGGCAUCAGUUAAUGUCUCCAAUAACAUCUACACCCCAGUCUGGAGACCAUAUUCUGCAACCACAUAGAGCUUCUUCUCCACAUCUACCAGCGACCCCUCCUGCUCAGCUUCAAACACUGCCGCUACAGUCCAUGCAAGCAAUAGCAGUACAGCCUGAAAUGUUAACACCUGGUCAAGUUUUGAUGCAGAAUGCAUUGCUUUCUGAAGAGGAACUUCCUGCAGCAGAAGCAUUGGUUCAACUACCAUUCCAUCCUCUUCCACCACCACAGACUGUUGCAGUAAACUUACACAUACAGUCUGCGCAAGCAGAGCCUCCUGUGGUAAGCAUUUGGGGCUAUAUGCAGUUAUUUAAACAAAAAUUGUCACUUUCCAGAAUUUCUUAUAUUAUGUUUACAAGCAUAGAAGUAGGAAAUAAGAAUUUGAGAGGAAUGAAAAAUUUAACCAAUUGUAGAAAUCCACACGUCUUUAUCCUCCAACUGGGUGCCUCCAUUUUAGCUCCUUGUUCGUCAUUGUCAUAAGCUAUGUGGUAGACACCUGUAGGUCAGCACAGAGAAACUGAUAAGUAAAACAGUGUUUUUGUUGUUUUACAUACCUCCUCCUCAUUUGCAAAGUUAUCCCUGGCUUUGCCGUGUUUGAACUGGAUUAGGAUAUAAUUUGAUACAUCCUUAGUAUUAACAUAGCGUCUCUUGAAAAAAGGGAAAAAACAUGUUACCGGUGAUUUAUAAUGUUUUAGGGAACGAUGUAAAUUCUAGAGAAAUUACAGCCUUUUAUUAAAAAGUGCCCUUAUCCAAAGUGCUUUGUAUAGAUACGCAAUCAAACAAUCUGCAUUUACGUUGAGAUAGAAAAGAAUAUAGGACAUAAUACACAAUGUUGCACAAUUCCAAUUUAUAGAACACAAGUUGCAGUGAACUUAUAGAACAAUAUGGUUGCAUAGAAAAAGAGAAUAAUACAUAUGUAUCACCAUCCAAACCGCGUUACAGCUGGGUUACAGGUAUUGAUCAGUGUGAUGGAUACUGUUAGGAAAGUUGGGAUAUUGGGAAGGGUUUAAAUCAAGUAAAAAGAAAGAGGAACCGUAAAAAAAUUGUUAUAAAGUUAUUUGUUAGGUGAGGUACUUACAAAAGGAUGGGAGAGAGAGGUAGCCGUUUGGAUGUGGGUGGGAAUUUGUUACAGUGGUAUAGGGCUAAGAGUGUGAAUGAGCAGAAUUGGGAAGGAUCGCAUUGACAAGAGCUAAAGGAGAGAGAGCAAAUGCUUUCCUAUGGGGAUUUAACUGAUGCUGGAUGUCCUCAUGCAGAGUGUGAGGACGUCCAGUAUCAGUAAGGCGAUCAAAAGUCACCAAGUGCCUCUAGUGACUGUCAAUCAACUAGAAACAAACUCUUAGUACUGCAAUGCAAUUAUUGCAGUUUCUCUAAAACUGCAAUGAUUUACAUUGCAUGACUAAGGGGGACAGGAACACUGCACCCAGACCACUUUAAGGAGGUGACACCUGGGUUGUGAGUGAGUGGGAAAUGGUCAAAGGAUGGUUUAUGUGCAUAAAAGUGAGGACAUCCCUGUCUUUUCCUCAUGUUUUUCCUGUCAGAAAGGCAGAAAAAAAAUGUAGGAAGAGCGGUCUUGUGUAUAGGGGUUCUGAGUAUAAUUUGCAAAGAAAUUAAAGCUGUGAGAAAAGAUACGAUCAGUUGAUGGUGGGAGGAGGGAGGAGGGUAAAAAGGAAAAGGUGAGGGGCCAAGAACUGAGCCCUGAGUUCCCCUCUUGGAAAGGGGGUGGGUGCAGUGAAUGUCUUGUUGAAAGAAAAUCUAUCUAGGAUUGAUCAGAAAUUAAGGAUAAUAUGGAGAAGUGUAAUGAUGAUGUAAUUUUAACGUAAUUGGGAUAGCAGACAGUAUAUGGGACAUAUUUCUGCAGGUCUUUGCUGAAAUUCAUAGCAAUAGUAACUAUUUACUUAAAGGAACACUUUAACGUUAGGAAUACAAAUCUACAUGCCUAAUAUCAGGGGCCCUGGUGUGCCUGUCACUACAACCCUUCUUUAUUUACCUUGUUUCCAGUGCCAAGGCUCCCUUUGUGUUACUUACCUCUCUUCUCCAGACGCGAGGAUCCAAUCCAGUGCUCCUCAUGGAAGAGAAUUGGGAAGAUAAUGAGCAUGCGAGGCAAGCGCUGUGCACAUUCAAACUUUCUCAUAGCAAAGCAUUGAAGCAAUGCUUUCCUAUGGGGCCGAGUUUUACUCAGUCUGUGCUGCAGAAGCACCUCUAUUGGCUGUCAGUAUGACAGCCACUAGAGGAGGAGUUAAGCCUGCAAUGUAAACAUUGCGGUUUCUCAAAAACAGCAGUGUUUUACAUUGCAGGGUUAAGGGGACAGGGACGUUGUACCCAGACCACUUCAUUGAGAUGAAGUAGUCUAAGUGACUACAGUGUUCCUUUAAGAGCAGAAUGGAUAGAGAAGCCAAAAUCAGUCAUCAGAAAUUCAAAACACACACAUAGCUAUAUAAGGACAAUAAGAAGACGAACUCUACUAAAAUAUAUAUAUAUAUGCAUGUAAAAGCAGGAAAUACAAUGUAAAUGUUAUGUCGUAAAGAUAGUUAUGCUGUAUUUUUGUAAAUUAGUUAAAAACUAUAUGUACAUAAAAAUGCAAGGAAAGCAAAUGUUAAAAUGGAUAAUUUGGAAGACAUUCAAGUGAUUUUGUUCCAGUUCGAGUUCUUGAACAAACACCACCUGUUGCUUUGUUUAAAAUAUGUAACUAAGAAAGGGCAAUUAGGUUGUACUGUUCCAGCAAAUCACAAAAGGAUUAAUGAGUAAUCUACAAAGAGCUUGUUAUAAAUGGCACAUGGCAAUCAUGUAUCAGCUUAAGAUAUUUAAUAUAGCAUGUAAAAAGUGUAGAAUUUUAUUUUAGCCUUCUACAUUUUACUUUACCCUUUUAACAUGUUAAGUAAAAUUAACAUUUACUGUACAUUUGUACAGAGUUGACAUUGUAACUGUAUAUUCAAAUAUAUUUUGCAUUGGGUAAGAUUCAUAUUUGAUGUACAGAGCUGCCAGAGUUCUCCAUUGUGAAGCACUUUGUAUUCGUAGGUUUAUCAGGUUGAAAACAUGUGUACUGAAGAUAUGCCUGUGGUUCAGCCAGACUGUGUCCGUGUGAUUGCACACACUCCUACACCUCCAACACUAUCUCCACCUGCACUCCCCAUUGGAAGUGGAGAGGAGCUUCCUGUAGAUCACGUACUGCAAGGUAAACAUCAACUCCAGUACCUUCCAAGAUGGUUCCCUAAAUUGUAGGCUGGGGACAAAACAAGCAUAAGAAAAAGUAUGUGUGUACAGAUGAAAGGCAUCCGGUCUGCGAGGAAAGAUUUCCAUACUUAGAAAUAUAAGCUGCCUUUUAUUUAGUUAGUACAAACAUACAAACCUUUUAGGUGAGUUCUACAUCUGCAUUAACAAUUCACCUUGCUGUUUUCAGCUAAAAGGUAACAUAUAUAAUGAGACAGAGAGGGGUAUUUUUCUAAACUUCUACAUACUUAUUAACCCUCAAAAGGGAACACAUGGGGUGGGUGGCAGCACUGUGACAUAACUGUGUAAUACUAAAGCAAAUACAAACAUACAAAAUUAAGCCCUGCGCUCAAACUCCCACUACUCCUGGGCGGCAGCAGUGACUAUAAUACACAGCACUAGCACAUAUUAUAACAAACAUUACUUGCACACUACCCAAAUCCCUAUGCACAUUGAAAUGGCUGGAGGUUUUUAAAUAUCGCUUCAAUUUGUUUAAGUUAGCCUAGCAUUCUGAGCCUGUCAUUGCUAAGGAUGGACGGAUUUGCACUUAUUAAUGCUGAAAUUUGAUUUGUGUGAUGGGAAGAGCCUGGUAUUUUGUCAGACUGCUCCAGAAUGGUUUGACCGUUAACUCUUAUUACCGUAACCACUAAAAUGAGUAACAAUAAGCAACAUUUUUUAUUCACCAGUCUAAAUAAAACAAAAUAUAACUAAACAAAAUUUUAGAGCUUUCUUCUCCCCCUUUUAAGUACUAUUAAGCAGGUGUAUUUAUAUAAACAUAAAACAUUUAAAUUCUCAAUGGGCAGAGCAGGUGUCCACUGCAGGUGAGAAAAGGCUCAAAGUGACUUAAAACAAAGAGUACCUCAUGGACGACCUUCAUAGAAUUGUUGGUGGUAUUCACUUAAUGAGCAGAAUACCUUGUAUAUUCAAAGAAGACAGACCCAGCCACGACACACCGCAAGAAAAUCUUCUGGUGUUCCAUAAGUCCAGUCUGACACGUGAUGUGAUAUAUUGUGCACACCCAGCAGAACCUAUGGCUCUCUAUGUCUAUGGGUACUUCUCAGAGUACCAAUCUACUGAUUAAUAUACUUAUGUGUGAAAAACACUGAUUUACUGAUUAAUAUUUUAUUUAUAUGAUUAUAAUAUAAUUAAUCUAAAAUGUCCACUAUAAUUUAACACCUAUAUUUAAUACAUUUAUUGAGUCAGCCAAAGAGACAUCAAUGAUAUAAACACCAAUAAAGUUGAAAAAUAAAGACAAAAACUAUUUUCAUGACCAAAGCAAUAAUAAUAAAAAAAAAUGUAUAUAAUCUCAUGCCAAUAAUAAUUCCCCUAAUUUCAGAUAUAUUCUUUAUCAGGAGUGGAAGACCCUGAGUUCAUAUGUUUAAAAAUAACAAAUUAUAAAUGGAAUUAAAUACAGUUGGAAACGUGAUCAAAUUGCACCCCAUUAACAGGUUCCACAAGCAUAGAUGUAAUACUUUUAUCAAAAAAGUAUCUAGGUUGUGAUUUGUGAUGUUUUGAUCAUAUUUGAUGUUUGAUGAUUUCUGAUGCUUCUUGACACCUUGCACAGACUACCUCCAGCUGUGCAUUUCAAACAGCAAAUGAAUAGGUGUAGAUCUUAAGUUUAGGAAUAGGUCAUCAUAAAACAUAUAUCCAUUGUUUACAGUGCAUCUAUCACUAUGAAAGUACAGCUGCGGGAAGAGAAUAAAUUAAAGGUGAUGUGUAGAGUUUUGUUCUUUUAACCCCACAGGCCUACCAACUCUGGCAUCUUCAGUGAGCGCGUCAGUGAUUAAAUCUCCGUCUGAUUCGUCUCAUGCCUCCAUUCCGGCACCUCCACUUCUCCUGCCCGCUGCUACCACAAGGAGCAAUGGUGCUUUAAAACCUAACAGCAUCCCGGGACCAGAUAACAAAAUACCACAGGCCAUAGUGAAACCACAGAUUCUGACCCAUGUUAUAGAGGGUUUUGUAAUUCAAGAGGGAUUGGAACCAUUUCCUGUAAGUAUGAAAAAGGCAACACUACUGUAAAUAGAAAGGAGAGUGAUUAAAAAAAAACAAAAAACUAUCUUUAAUAUAUGUUCAAUGUCUUUUGUUCAUCCAUUUGUUAAUAGGAAUGUUAUAGUUCUGCAGUGUUACAAUAUUCUCCAUUUUUAAUGACCCCUUAUGCUGCCUCUUGAAAAUCUAAUGUCAGCAUGUAGUUUUACCCACUAUGGAAAGCAAAUUCUUAAUUGCCUUGUCAAACUCAGACCUUUCUACAUUGAUUCAGCCCUGAACUGGUAUGUCUGGUCCAGCUUAGAGGCAAGGACCAUGGGCUUUCCUCCUUCUAGUAAACCUUCCAAAUUGGUCCUGCCUUGGAUGACAGAAAUAGGCUGUGGACAUGUCAAAUGACAUGGAGCACAUUGUAUUAUAACCAUACAAGCUUGAUAGGUUUGAUUGAAUAAUGCAGAUUUUGGACUUCUAAAAAGCUAUACAUUGCAUGCCAGGAUAGUUCUAGUUUUUAUCAAACUACUUUAAAAUGGUUUGACAAAAAAGUUCUGCAGUCAGUUGAUACAUCCAUGACCAGGAUUCCUCUAAUAAAGAACAUAAUUAAUGUUCUUGAAGACAACUUCCCUUCAUCUGAGUGCAUGCUCCAAGUGAGCAGAAGCCCUCCACAGCUGGCAUGGAGAAUAAACCAGACCAGCCAAGAGUGGAAGAGGCGGUUGUGAUUCUACAAACACAGAAGAAGUACAGUUUUGCCACUGUUUUAAACUAACAUUGUUUCAUAGGUAAAUCGGUCUUCACUGUUAGUUGAACAACCUUGCAAAGGGCAGACUUGUUCAGAUGAACACAACAUGGAUAUCACUCACAUGGAACCUGAGAUGCAGACCUCAGCAAAGCUUCCCGAUAAUUCUACUGACACAGAUAUUGAGGACCUGACUGGUGAGGGUGAGUACUUAUUAUCAAGUAUUAAGACAACAGAUCUUCUCUCUUGUACGAACAAUUAAUGCAUUUUGGGGAUUUGAUCCAUUAAUUCUGUUUUUACAAAUGGUAAAAAAAAUCUAGUCUCGUUUUUUGAACAUCAGAAAGGAGAGUUUCUGUUUGUGGUUAUUCUUUUAGGAUUGAGAGAAUAAUUUAGGGAUUUCUUCACAAACUAUAAUCGUUAUAUAACCCGUACAUAUGGGUGCAGUUUUAGAAUAUGUCAUAUCAUUGUCAAAAGCAAAAACUUAUAUAACUUAAGUUAUAUUAACCAAAACUCACAUUAUUGAAGUCAACGGGCUUCUUUAUACUUUUAUAUAUUUGGCCCACUAUUAUAGUUUUUCUGUUUCUAACAAAUAUGUUUUUUUUUUUUUUUAAUUCCUGUAUUAUGUAUACAUUUUCCUUCACUGUACAAGUGAGGUGGUAAUGUCUUUGUAAAUAAUGAGUAUUCUUAAUUCCCAAAAAGUUCUUAAUUUUUAACGCUAACCCCAUGUUGAGGACAGUGGGUUUUUUUUCUUCUUCUUUUUAAUUUAAUCAGAUAUUUUCCCUAAUCUCAGUCUUACUGGUGUACCCCCAAACAGAAGUAUCAAAAUCCAAGCCCAGGAAGAACUACUCGGACGAUCUAUCGGUGGAGUUUAGCAGGUGAGGUGCAGGCAGGUAAUGCUAUCCCAUAAGAAGACAGGCGGUGUAAGAUCUAUUGCUGAAAUAAUGAUGCUCUAUACAUUAAUUAUAUAAACCAGAGGUUUUUUUUCAGAAAUCAAACAAGUGAAAUAGAAAAUAAUGUACUGGGUCUCUAGAGUAAUAUAUGAAUCAACAUCAAUAUAUUUUUAUAGAUUAUGUUUUCUUAAAAACAUUGUAGAUGUAGUUGGUGGAUAAAGAGCAUAAAUUAAACGUAAACAUACGCAACAUACUUUUACCAUUGUGAAGAAGAGUGUGAACUUAGAUUUGCACUAGGAACUCUACCUCUUUUUUUCUUCUAUAUACCCUGUGAGCUCUAUAUCGGGAGAAGGUCUGGUAUUACCUCAGUAUACCCAAGCUACUGUGAUUCGAGCCAAUCUUUAGGCUCGGUACCAUGUGAGUUGGACAUACAUUCUCUUCCACUUCCUACAUAUUCUACUUGCAUACUGCACCAUGAUGUGUAUUAUCUUUUUGUUUUAGAUUUUAUACGUUGUUUAUUCCCCUAAGUCAACUAUUAUUGUAAUAGGGGUAAGGUAUUCAUUUAUCUUAAAGCGCUCCACUGAGUGAUCUCUGUUGGGGGGUAGUAUCACCCACUAAGUUCACACUCUUCUUCACAACUUGUUUGUGUAGGACUGGGAUACCUGCACGUGUGUUGAGCUGCUGAUUACUAUUUGUAUCACUAUUAAGCGCCUUUUUGCACAGAGCACUUUCCUUUUUUAUGCUUUUACCAUUCGCUAUUAGGUUCAUAUUAAGAGAGCAGAUUGAUCUGAAAACCUGUGUAACCCACAGUGCACAUCUGGGGUGUUUAUUUAUGUUUUUCAAGUUUGUUAAUCGUUUUAAAUGUAAGAGGUCUGUGCUGAGCUUCCUUUAGUGGCCAAUCCACUCUUGUAAUUUCAAUGGUGUUUUAAAGUGACUUAACGCAUAUAAAUUUCACAAAUGUACAUUCGGCAAUUGAUUUUGUACCUGCAGAAUGAGCACCAUGAUAUAUCUUUCAUACUGCCAAUCAAAUUGAAAACAUAUAUAAACACUGAAUCUCAUUGUCAUAUCCCGAAGACUUUCUGUGUUCUGUCAUUUGUGGAGGGUUUUCCAUUUAUACUGUAAUAGUAUAAAAGUAAAACAUAGUUAUAUAGACAUAAAAGAGACAUUAAUCCAUCAAACCUUUCUCACAUCUGGUUUGGUGUUGAUCCAAAGAAGGUAAAAAUACAAGCUUUUGCAACAAACUAGGGCACAAUUCCUUCUCAAUCCCAGAAUUGCAGCCAGAUCUCUCCAUUGCUCAUGUAGCCUUUACCCUACAUAUUAAGUUAUAUCCAUGAAUAUUAAAUUAACACUAUGGUGUCUUGAAUACAAACAUGUAUUCCAUACAGUAUAGUGCUGGAAUCCAUGUCUAGCUCACCGGCUCCCCUCUCUGUGGAGAUAAAAUGUACUAAACUUUCCUUUUCUCAACUGCCGUGCCUGGUCACACCUCCAUGGCUGAGAAUAUUAAUAUUAAUCCAGUGCUAACGCUGCGCUCCCCAUAUCAGCUGCCCUUAUAGAGAUGUAUUGAAUCAAUGGGGAAUGUUCAACGCCUCCAUGCUGACGCUGAACGUAGGUGCUGCACACUGUGCAGCACUGAACUAGGAUGCGCCUCUAAUGGCCGUCUGAGUGACUGCCACAAGAUGUGUUCCUAGGCAGCAAUGUAAACACUGCCUUUUCCCUGAAAAGGCAGUGUUUACAGUACUAAGAUUGCACGGAUAUGCUAUAGAUACAAGAACCACUACAUUAAGCUGUAGUGGUUCUAGUGACUAUAGUGUUCCUUUAGAUUUUUGCAAGUAUUCAUCCAGCUACUGUUUUAUCUGCACAGACUCUGACAAAACCAGUGCUUCAAGCAGAAAAUCCCACAUCCUUAUUCUUACUGUAAAAAAACAACAACAUUUUCUUUGACUAAAUCUCAUUUCUUCCAGUCUAAAUUAGUGACCUUGUGUCCUAUGUAUAGUCCUGUUUAUGAAUUGAUUUCCAGACAAUGGUUUGAUUUGGCCCCCAAUAUAUUUGUAUAAUGCAAUCAUAUCCCUUCUGAGGCACCGUUUUUCAAAACUUAAAUUUAAAUUUGUUAAUUUGUUUUCAUAACAUUAAUUUUGUAGCCCGCCUCUGCAUUUUUUCUAGUGUCAUAAUAUCCUUCCAUAGAACAGUUGCCCAAAAUUGCACAGCAAAGUCUGGUCUUACUAUUGAUUUAUAAAGAGACAAAAUUAUACGAAUGUCCCUUUUUAUGCCUGACAAUACCUUACUGACCAUAGCAGCCGCUGAUUGACAUUGCACAUUGUUGUCUAGUUUGGUGUCUAUAACAAUUACCAAAUCCAUCUCAUGUGUUUCAUUCCCUAAUUCACUACCAUUUAGGGUGUAAUUUAAGUGCCCAGUCCCCUAAUCUAUCUAUCCCUCAGCAGCAAAGUAAUAUCCUAUUAACAUUGUAUUUGUCUUACCUAAAUUUUGUGUCAUCUGCAAACACUGAAACAUGAUUUUCAAUGACUAUUUCAAGAUCAUUUAUAAAUAUGUUUAAUAGAAGUGGUACCAGAACAGAACCCUGAGGAACACCAUUUACCACUUUUCUCCAGCUUGAGAAUUUACCAUUAAUGACAAUAAUUUAAAAUUUUUGACAAUAAUUAAUCAUUUUCAUCUAGACCAAUUUCUUUUAUUUUGAACUCUAACCUAAUGUGUGGAACUGUAGCAAAUGCCUUGGCAAAACCCAAGUAGGCUACAUCCACUGCAGUACCCUGAUCUAUACUUCCACUUACUUCUUCACAGAAUGCAAUUAAAGGAACACUAUAGGGUCAGGAGUACGUAAUGUUAAAAACACUAUCUAGGUGGCCACCCCCCUUGCCCACUUUAUAUAUAGUAAAAACUUGCCUUUAUUCCAGCACCACGCAGGUCUGCUGGCGCUUGCUCUGCCCUUGCCCCGCCUACUUGACUAAGCAUAGCAGAACUGACCACCUCAGCGAAUCCAAUGCUUUUCUAUGGGAAAGCACUGGAUUGGAUGAGAUCGUCAAUUCAGAUGAUCUCAACCAAGGAGGCCGGGGCGGAACCAAAUGCUAAGCUGGCCAGUCAGCAUCUCCUCAUAGAGAUGCAUUGAAUAAAUUAAUCUUUAUAAGACAUGUUCAGCGUCUCCAUGCAGAGCGUAGAGAUGCUGGACGUCAUGGCUGAACAACGUGCAGCACUGACCCUGGAAGUACCUCUAGUGACCGUCUCAGUGACUGCCACUGGUGGUGUCCCUAGGCAGUAAUGUGUACACGAAAAUGCCUGUAGAGAUAUGAUAUAGAUACCAGAAAACUACAUUAAGCUGUAGUUGUUUGGUGACUAUAGUGUGCCUUUAAGUUAGUUUCACAUGACCUAUAUUGCAUAACACCAUUUUAUUAGUAACAAUGCUCUUCCCAGAAAAUUCCUAAAAUGUAUCUCUUAAUAACCCUUCAAAUACUUUCCCAGUCACAGAGGUUAAGCUCACAGAUAUAUCAUUUCAAGGAUUUUGAUUUCUUUCUAACUAUAGGAACCGCAUCUGCCUUUCUCCCCAAUCCUGUGGUACAAAUCCUGAAAGAAAAGAAUCCUGAAAGUUUAAAAGCAGAGGUUUGGCUAUUUCCACACUUACUUCCUUAAGUACUCGUGGGUGAAUACAGUCAGGCCCUGGUGCUUUAUUUACAUUUACUUUCUUUAGUUUCUGCAGCACCUUGUCCUCCAAUCACAGUUUUUCAGCACAUUUUUGAAGCAAUCAUUUGCAUAUCUCUUGCUAUAAGCCUCCUUAAAAUAUACUGAGGAAACCAUUAUUAUUUUAAAUGUCUGCCUUUUCCUGAUCUUCAUUUACUAACACAAGCAUCUCUGAUUUUAGCGUACCUACACUCAUUUAUUUGUGUUUCUAGAAUUUGCAUCCUUAUAAAUCCAUCAUGGCUAUAGAGAUUGUACCCAAGUGUAAAAUCAGUAGACAUGUGCAAUUCAUUUUGGUCCGAAUGUGAAUUCGGACGAAUUUCGGGCAAUUUGAACAUUCGGGUACUUCCGAAUGUCCGAGUAUAUGAAUUGCCGAAGUUCCAAAAUUACCGAAUUUCCGAAGUGCUGAAGUUCCGAAGCACAGUAUUGCCUAAGAACUAAUAAACUUACCCAGUGGAAGAACGAAGAAUGUUACACUGUUUACAAUUUUAAAUAAAAAGUAUACAAACAUAGCCAGGAUUCAGCUGUAAGCAUUUGCAACACUUACAACAAUCAAGUAACACACAUUCAUAUAAAAUUUAAGUUACUUAGUCAGUCAGUGUAAUUACAGGAAUGAAUAAGUAGAUAACUCCCUAAUUACCAUGGUAUUAGGGAGCUAUCUACUAAAAGGAUGAAAGGCCUAAAUUUGUUUUUCAGCCAAAUUUACUAAUACUAAGUAAAGAUUACUUAGUAUUAGUAAAUUAUGCCCCUACUCGCUAUACCGUGAGUAGGGGCAUGUCUAUUAAACAGUGAGCAGCCCCCGGCCCCCACACCUGAACAGCCGGUGGGGGCCCUACAGUAAAAUAAGGGGGGGGACCUAAUGUCCUCCCCCCGGCCCCACACCUAAAUACUAAUAAUGCUGCAAAUACAUCGAAAUCUCUAGCACGAUAUGCAAGCAGCUGAACACCGCACCAGAUGUAUUUUGUGUCCUUAGGACAAAUGUCAGUAAAAUAAGCCAUAUAUGGUUAGACAACGGAAGUAUUCUGUGUAUGCAGAAAACCCCAUGGGCCGCUUAUCUUUGCCUUGAGCAGCAUUUAUCACUCUGUGUCCCUGUGGAUUAGAGGGAAAUAAUAUGUCAAUGUACCUGAGCCUUCACUGUGUGCUCUGAGAGCUGGUGCCGACACCAUUAGAUAUAACUUAGGUGCUCCUAGAAAUUAUAUUUGUUAGUGAUCCAGUCACAUUAAUUGAUAAACAAUUCUUUGUGUGUUUGUGCCGUGCAUGGGAGCCUUUUGCUACCAUGUAGCAUUGCAAGAAUAUCCAGUACUGCCAAUCACAAAUGAAUAGCAAGGAGGAAAAAAUAUAGACCUUGUGCUUAUGUGCCCAGAAAGAUAUAUAUACAGAAACAGGCCAACCACUAGCCCACAGUACAAUAAACACUUAAACAGAAAAGGAACUUUUAACUUAAUCGAUCCAAAGGGAGAUGCCUGGCACAGAAACUCUAAUCCUGGACAUAAUGUUAGCUUAAUGAAAACACGCCAAGAUAGUGCUAUGACUAAGGAGCGUGACAUCCGGAUCUUUUCGUGUGGCUCUUCCUGUGCUGCUAUUUUUUUGUACUUAUUGUAAGUGUCAAUAAAGUUUUCUAUUGUGGUGAGCAUUAUGUGCCCGUAAGCUAGAGUAACCUUAUAAGCAGUUUAUGCUGCUGUGUAGUCUCAUAACAAAUCUAUACAGAUGUGGGAUAGGCCUGUGAAAAUGUGACACAUAUUAAUCAUUGUAUUUUACUUAUAUAAUGUGUUUUUUUUUUUUUUUUUAAAUCAAACAACCAUGUGGACAGAUGUAUUGUUUUCCUUGGACUCUCAGAAUCCUGUCUAAUAUAUAUAAUCUCCCUAAAUAAAAAUGUUACCCCCCUCAGAAGACUAGGGGUCCCCAAACCCCUAGUCACCCCCGCCACCCAAAAAAAUUAACCCCUACCUACCCCCCUCACCCUAAAAAUAAUGAGGAGGGGGACCUUUAACUAAGUACCUGUAAAAAAAAUAAAACUUACCAUUUGAUGUUUUCUUUCUUCUAAAAUCUCAGCCCCAAAAAAAGCCAAAUAAAAAAUCCAUAAUAACCGACGCAAAAAAAAAAAAGAGCGCAAAAAUAAAUAAUCCAUCUUCACCCAUGGCGGGCUCCACACAGACUGAGCUCCGCAUUAGGCUCAGAGCACUCUGAUUGGUGGGUUUAAGCCAUCCAAUCAGAGUGUUCUGAAAGGUAAAUGAAGAGACUGACAGGUAAGUCUCUACAUUUACCUGUCACAGCACUCUGAUUUGUUGGCUUGAAAUCCACCAAUCAGAGUGCUCUGUCUCCUUUUACACAGCGUGGGAAAGUUCUUUGGAAUUUUCCCAUGCUGUGUAAUUUGACUCUUAACACUCUGAUUGGUGGAUUAAGUUUUUAUUUUUAAUUUUUUUAACAGUGAGCAGCCACAGGCUAUAGUGGUAUAGCGAGUAGGGGCAAAAUUUACUAAUACUAAGUAAUUUUUACUUAGUAUUAGUAAAUUUGUCUGGAAGACCAAUUUAGGUCUUUCAGCCUUUUGGUAGAUAACUCCCUAAUAGCGUGGGAAUUAGGGAGUUAUUUACUAAGUGGCUGCAAGAGAAGUGCCGAAAUUCCGAAAUGCCAAAGUUCUGAAGUGCCGAAGUUGAAUACAGGACAUGGCAGAGUGCUAUGUAGAAAUCUCAAAUAGUUUUAUUGCAUCUUCAUGCAAAGCCUGACUUCGUAAAACUCCUAUUGGAUUGAAACGUUGACUCAGUUUGCCAAAUAUGUUCAUGGGGAGUCCAUUAGAUAAUCGUCAGCACCGGUAUUGAUGCUUCUAUGAAAUGCCCUAUAGCAAGAAUUACAAGGGUAAUUACAUUUACACACAAGAUAAUUGCUAAGUCUCCUUAGGCUUUCUGUUUUAUUAUUGUUCUGUUGAUCUUGUGACAGUAACUUAUUUAUAUACCUAUAUAUGCAAAUAGUCAUAAUGUAUUUGCUAUGCAUAGGGGUAUGUUGAGUUCUAUUUUGUUAAUUAGUUCGUACCAGCCGAAUAACUACACAUCGGUCGGUUAGCUUGAUAAAAGUUGUGUCUCUGGUUAUGCUGUUCAAAGGGAUGGGUGGGGCAGGACGAACCGAUCCCUCCUCUUUCCCUACACCUCUUCUUUCGCUGCCUGGACGUUGGACGGGGCCGGGACCACGUUUCCUAACCCACACUCGGGCUAACCCAUUGCGACUGGAUGGCGGGCACAGGCGCAACCCGGACGGGCUUCCGGGGCGACACACCGCCGUGUCAAGUUGCUGCCCGAGUACCCUCCUGCCAGGAGGGAUUAGUUACGGGAUCUACGUAAUCCCAAGAAGGACCUCUACACCUCACCUAUAUAUACCUUCAUACAUCACUCCACACAUACUACACUAGGACCUCCACACCCCACAGACGCGCACCUCCACUCAUCGCUACCAACAAACUCCCACUGCGCACCUAAUCUCUCUCGACCCCGUCUCCCCCCCCCCUUUUUUUUCUUCUUCUUCUUCUCUUACUACUUCCUCCCCUCUCUCUCUCUUUUUCUCUCCUUCGUCCGCGCGGGGGGCCCAGGGUCGCUCUCUCGCCGCGGGGGUUGGGGCUCCCCGUGCCUGAAUUUACGGCAUAGGGGCACAGUUACUAGUCUCCACUAUAACAGAUGGCGUACCGUAGGGCACCAAUAUCGAUUCUUACCCUCCAUUGCAGGGGUCUGAACGCUCCGGAGCGUAGAACUCAUCUCUUAAGAGAACUGCCGCGGCUCACGAAUGCCCUUAACGCAGUGGUGGAGGGGGGAGAUUCGGCCGGGAAUCCCUGUCCGCAACAAUAACCAUUUUACUAAAACUUGGGAAGGACCCACAAUGCUUUGGUAGCUAUCGUCCGAUUUCCCUUAUAAACGUUGACACCAAAUUGCUGGCAAAGGUGCUUGCUACAAGGAUCCAACCCUAUCUUCCGCAUCUGAUUCAUGUGGACCAAACGGGCUUUAUCCCCGGGCGUGAAGCGUGGGAUAGUACCCUGAGACUCUUCUCCAUCCAACACCUAGCGAGGAGGAGGGGGGAACGCGGAGAAGGCGUUCGACCGCGUCAAUUGGCAGUAUAUGCAGGCCACGCUGGAGGCGAUGGGCCUGGGGCCGACCCUUUGGACGUGGAUAGCGACUUUAUAUAGCACACCACAAGCUUCCAUGAGGGUCAAUGGUGCCCAGACAACCAAUUUUGCGAUACAUAACGGUACUCGGCAGGGAUGCCCCCUCUCCCCACUGUUAUUUGCCCUGUCCUUGGAGCCACUUCUACAGGCGAUCCGCUUGAACCCGAACAUACAGGGGUACGACGGAGGGGGAUCCACGCAUAAAGUGGCGGCGUACGCGGAUGAUUUACUUUUUUUUGUCAAACACCCACGAACCACUCUGCCGAACUUGCUGGCGGAAUUUGACCGCUACGGUGCAAUAUCAGGAUUUAAACUUAACCUCACAAAAUGUGAGGUACUGAACCUUACAAUACCCGCAGCGGAAUUCAGGGCGCUGGAAUCUGAAUUCGCAUUCAGAUGGUGUCACGGCAAAAUGAAGUACCUGGGUGUCUGGGUAGCCACAGACCCCGGGAGACUCUAUGAGAACAACUUCCAACCCCUCCUGCAUACAAUAAAAACGGAUUUGGCCAGGUGGGCCCUCCCACACAUAACAUGGCAUGGGCGCAUAGCAGUGCUCAAAAUGAACGUACUACUCAGGGUGCUAUAUCUCCUACAGACAUUACCCAUCACACUCCCGGUGUCCUUCUCCUCCCUGAAAACGGCAGUGCUCCGCUUUACGUGGCGUGGCGAGCGCUCCAGAUUGCGGCAUGACAUCCUCUGUUUGCCCAGGUCCAGCGGGGGACUAGCUCCCGGACUUUAGGAAAUAUUACCAGGCCACGGUCCUCCAGCGCAUCCUAGAUUGGCACCAGAACCCCUCGCAAAAGCUUUGGGUACAGCUGGACAGGGAGGCAACGGAGGGUAGGAUAGAAAGCAUGAUCUGGGGAGGGGACCUGGGGCCUCGGGAGCGGGGAGUCGAGGAGGGACCGGUCGCACGCACACUCCGGGGCUGGAAAUCUCUAAGGGAAAAGCUAAACAUAUCACCCACGCCUAGUCCAUUUCUCCCGGUGACACUUAACAGAGGCAUUGGCGGAGGCAUGCCGGCCGGAGCAUGGAGUUUCCUGGGGGAGGGGGACUAUAUACCUAUACGUCGGGUCCUGGGCGCCAACGGACUUAGGGGCCUUGACUCGAUUCUGGAGGGGAGACCACGGACCCUCAUGAUUAUCCUGCGAUACCUGCAGCUGAAACACUACUACACGAAGCUGCCACACAGAGAACGUCUCCACAGGGAAUCGACGUGGUUUGAAGACCUGUGCGAACGAGGCACCUCCAUAGAGCAUGCCAUCUCCACAAUUUACCAAUACCUAAUAAUGAACGAUCAACCAUCCGUGGCCACCUUCAAGAGGCGUUGGGAGGAGUCCCUGAAUAAGACAUUCACCACACCACAAUGAUUUGGCAACAUAAGAGCUCCAUCAGCUCCUACUACCAGGAGGUUGGAUACAAAUUGAUCUCAUUUUGGUAUGGAACACCAAUGGUGCUACAUCAAAUGUUCCCGGCGGUGCCGCCGACAUGCUGGAGAUGUCGCGAGGAGAGGGGCACGCUGAUCCACCUGUGGUGGGAGUGCCGAGACAUACUCCCGUACUGGGACAUGGUGAAAACCGAGACGACGCUCGUGCUGGGAGACGUGCCGGACUGGUCCGCCGAACUGGCUCUCCUGCACAUCUCUCAGCAGACGAUUUCGAGCUAUAAGAAGUCAAUCCUCCGGCACCUGCUGAAGGCUGCUAAGGCAGCCAUCCUGGCGUACUGGAAACAAACUACCACACCGACAAAGUCGGAGUGGAUACAACGGGUGGAAGAUAUACAGAGCACGGAGGCGCUCCACACCUCCCUAACUGGUAGGGAAACCAAACACGCAGACAUGUGGAGCCCAUGGUUCAUGUAUAUUGCUCAACGCCCUCGGGCGGGGGGGGCCUCUGGGCCCGUGUCGGGGGUGGGGACGGGCGCGGGCCCCUCGUAGUGCGGACCACUCCACUUUAACUACCCCCCUCUAUUGUUUUCCUUAAACCUCACCCGCUCCCAGAAAUGCGGGAGGAUUCCCGAGGCGAACCGGGUGGGAAGUUACAGAGGUGCGCACACACUGACACACCAUUGAAUACUGAGACAAUACACACACUACAGCCACACAACCAACAAGUAAUCACAUACGUCAGCAGACUCCAGAAAAGUAGAAGCGCAUUACCAAAAGUUACCUGUAACGGGACAGCCUCCUGAACACAAAUGUUCCCCAACAUACACGGAUGCAUACCCCUUCGACUGUCGAAGACCCGUGCUUUUCAACUAGAGAUUAGGGAUUAGAGCCGUAUACUAUAGAGCAUGGUAAAGCUCAUCUGUCAGGGUGCGGGGAAAAACCGUGAUACAAGUUUUAUAGCUGUACAAUCACGGUUGAUCAGGAGGCAGAACGACAUGUCCCCUGUCAGAUCACAGAAGAGACCAUGGGCGACAGGACGAUAGGUGACUUCUCCAUGGUUGGGAAACCUGAGAGCUACAACUAGCCUAGGAACAUAAAGGCACUUAAACACAUCACAUCCACUCUUACUACAUGUGUUCUACAUACGUGGUUUUCUUCUGUUCAUUCUAUAUUUACUUUUUAUUGUUUAUCUCUCUGGCUUUACUCACUACUAGGGACCUGUGAGUCCCAUAUGUACAACUGUCCUGCUUCCUUGUACUCUUGUUUAUGAAAAUCUAAAUAAAAUGAGAUUUACAAAAAAAAGAAUUAAGCAGUGAGACUGCAGGGACAUGAUCUAUACACUCAGACUGCUUCAUUAAGAUAAAGAUGUUUUGGUGCUUAAAGUGUCCCAUUAGCAAGUGGGGUUCAAAAACACACUUUUCCUUUAAACAGUGGUGUGCCCCAAUAUUAUUGUCACCUUGUCACUACUUACCUCACUCAAAAUAAUAUGAGGAUAUAUGUAACAAUAUUUAUUUCACUUUCGUACAUUAACCAUGUGUCUUCAUUACUCUCUUUGCAACUUUUCAUUCCUUUUGUCUAUUGCUCUAUCUUCUUCUUUUCCCUUUUCCUACCUUCUUUUCUGCUACUUUUGCCUUUUCCAAUGCUAUCCUGUGCCUUUUCCAUGUUUGUCUCUUUUUUCUCUAUUGCUCUACCCAUAUCUGUUCCAUGCUUUUACAUUGCAUUCUGUACUUCAAAUUUUUUUACUUUGACUUUUCUCUAAAACCCUCACCAUGUUCUGUCUUCAAAUCUCUUAAAUGUUCUCAGCAUCUUUAUUGCCCUGACUUGUAUUAGGAAUAAAUAAUUGUAAAGUCUAUCAAGCCACUCUCGUGUUUUCUCCUAUGUAUGGAUUUGAAGUUGCGUUCCCAGGUGUCUAGUUGGGGGUUUUCUUUGUAUGUUUUACUGCAGAAAUUGCUUUCUACAGCAGUCUCAUUUUUUCAGAGUGAGGACUGGAUGUGAUUAGGCCCAGCGCAACCGCUAGGCAGAUUAGGCAUUUGCCUAGGGUGAACCGACAGGGGGGGCUCAAUGCCUGGGUGACCAGCAGGAGGGGAGCAUAUAGCACAUCACUCUCCUUCUGCCAGUCUCUGUAAGUAGCGUGGCCAAGCGGGGACCAGGGUAGAGGACCUUGUUUCCCUCUAACAAGCUGAUCUGACAGGAAGUUCACGUAGAGAGUGCCAUACUGCUUCCUGUCCGGUAGAGAGAAACAAGCACCUCUAUCGUAGUCCCCACUAGGCCACGCUACAACAUGGAAGUGCGACAUGUAACUCGCAACACGGGAUAUCAGCGUAUUGCAGGCUCUGCCAGGAUUGGUAACGACGCUGGCCCUCACGCAUGCUAGCUACGAACUGGGAAUACUCCCACUAUUUUUGCGUGCUAGGAUACACCUAGCGACACCAACACGGACCUACGGUCCCGAACCUAGCGGGAGCCAGUGGCUUGCCUUUCAUACAAUGACUUCAAUUACCCGUUUGAAAGACCAGGUAACACAGUGUUAUGUGGCUCCCGCCAUAAAUAGCUGAGAACGACCUCUCCCGACGCAACUCCCGUUUACCCUCUACGCACAUACUGGCUAAGGGAAGCAACCUGUCUGUUACAGCCGUUCCAUUUUAUAUGAUACCACUGUUUCCCCUCGUUGUAUAAUUAUAUUGCUUUUAAAAUGUCUCUCUAGGGGAAGUUAUGUGGAGAUUUGCAUAUCUCAUUGUGUUAUAUUUUGUGUACUAAUAUACUAUAGAAACCUGCGAGUUUCACAUUGUUUACCAACUCACUGCUUACUACAUAGUGACAUAUCUCAAUCUCAAUAAAAAGAUUUUCAAAAAAACAUGGAAGUGAGCCGGUGGAGAAGGAAAAGGGGAAGGGGUUAAAAAGACACAUGUUUAGGGGCUAGGGAAACAAAGAGUCACGUGGGGGGGCUAGAGGGGAACAAAGACACGCAGAGGGGCUGUUAGGACAAAGACACACACCGAGGGGCUGGAAGAGAAAGAGACACACAAAGGGGCUGGGGGCGGACACACACAGAGGGGCUGAGGAAGGGGGGGAAAAGACACACAAAGGAGUUGGGGGAGAAAUAGACACAAUGGGGCUAGGAGAAUAAGGAGACACACAAGGUUGGAAAAAACAUUUUUUGGGGGGAGGGGAGGGGUAGCACAAGGUGCUGGUCUUGUCUAGGGUGCAAAACAGUCUUUCACCAACCCUGGAUGUGAUGGCAUUGAAGAGAACCAAGAGAGCUGCACAAUUGUUUUCAGUAUAUACAGAUUAUCCACCCUCGUGUAUUAUGUACUAAAGGAGAUAGGUAGGGAUCUGUUUUGGUUUUACUAGUGUUCCUUCUUGGGCAGUGGGCCAGGAAACGUGGGUAGUGCACCACCAAGCUAAAACAACAUUUUAGCAUUAAAUACAAAAAGAAGGGAAGCUGAAAAAGGGGAAACUCGUAAAAGGGGUUAACCCUGUAAACUAGAAAUUAGUGAAAGAGGAAGAAAAUGAGUGCCCUUAAAAUUGAACUUUUAUUAAUUGUCAUAUAAUAAAAUAAAUAUGAAUAUAAUGUGCUUAAUAUAUGCUUCAAACAUGAAUAUGUUUCAGAGGUGAAUUAUAUUUAGAGAUGGGUCAUGACCUGAUAGGGUCAAAAACCCAGAAAUAGUCUAAAUAUCCAAACAGAUUCUACCUUUAAAGAGAAAAUAAUGCAAAAUAAAUGACGAAAUAUAUUGAAGUCAAUAGAUGAGGUUCUGUUCAGAAGUUUUCAGAGACCUUCAUCAAGUAAUGUAUGCAAAACUAAGUUUUGCAAAUUCACAAAUGCUGAAAAAACUGUAGAGACUGGAUACUCAAUCUAAUAGACCUAUUAUGCACAAUGUAUCAGGCUACAAUCAGCCUUAAAAUAAAGGGAUACUUUUGCCCUUGUCGGUUUGACACAUGUAAUGGUGAUAGCAGAUUAACAAGGUAAACCUUUUGGACACCCUAUAUCGGGCUAUAAUGUACUUAAAAUGAAAAAAAGAUACAAUUUGCCCAUAUUAGUAGGUAAUAAUACAAAUCAGCACAAGUGAAUAAAAGCCCAGACUACCGUAGCUUGGAAAGACCAUGAUCUAUUGCUAUAUCGCAAGAACGAAAACACAAACUUGCUAUAAACUAAUGCUAUUGAAAAGCUAGAGAGGUUGAGCAAUCCCGGGGUCCCGAAACCGCAGUGUUCUUAGAUCUCUGACAUACAGCUUCGGGACAACGGGCUCCCCUGACGCGCGCGUUUCGCCCACAACUCAUUCUAGAAUUAUUAUUCCAAUAGGUUGACCAAUUUCUAGCCUUGUUUAUAGUUAGAAAAUUAUUUUCCCUACUGAGUAUUCAUAGUUUAAAGGCUCCCGUCAGUGUACAGGAUAUAGAUUAAAUGAUGUAGAAAAUAAGAAGAUUGAAUAGUGUAGUAGAGACAUGUUGUGUGGGGUGAUAGAACAGUGAAGGAAUUACUAAUUUAUCAGAAUUCUGGGCCCAACUAAUUUUCUCAGUGUUCUGGGCCCAACAGCUGGAAGGCACCAAAGGACUAGAGGGAGAAAAUUCACAAAUUAAAUUAAAACGUAACUUUUAUUAAUCAGCAUGAAGGAGCGAGAAAAAAAAUCACUUAUAGCAUGAUUUGUAAGUGGACAUGUGAAACAAAAAAAUAAAGGAAUACCAAGAUAACUGCCCCUUUUUACCUCAGCAACUUUAGCCUGUAGUAUUUAUUUACAGCACUUAAAUAUUAUGGGAUAUUUUGCUUGAUUUAGGGUCAGUAGGGUUUGGUAGGUACUGAGGUAAAUAAGGACAGCUACACAGGGUUUUAUAUCUGUGGUUUCUCUACUUGCUAGUACCUAUCACCACUUUUUAUAUUGGUAUGUUGCUUGCUCUGAUCCCCUAAGUGUGUGUACCUUAUGUGUGAUUAAUCUGACUAUCAUUAAAAGGUUUUUUUUUUGUGUGUGUGUGUGGCAUAUUGCCUGAACAGCGCUGUCUCUCUAUAUAUAUACAUAUACAGUAUCUCUAAAAAGUGAGUACAUUGAACAUUUCCCCUUAGGGGUGUGCUCACUUUUGUUGCCAGCGGUUUAAAUAUUAAUGGCUGUGUGUUGAGUUAUUUUGAGGGGACAUCAAAUUUACACUGUUAUACAGGCUGUACACUUACUACUUUACAUUGUAGCAGAGUGUAAUUUCUUCAGUGUUGUCACGUGAAAAGAUAUAAUAAAAUAUUUACAAAAAUGUGAGGGGUGUACUCACUUUUGUGAGAUACUGUGUGUGUGUGUGUGUGUGUGUGUAUAUAUAUAUAUAUAUAUAUAUAUAGAGAGAGAGAGAGAGAGAGAGAGAGAGAGAAACUAGGUUUUCUUUCCCUAGCAAAGUGGCUGUUUUUCUGCCAAAACAUGUAAAGUUUUUUACAUUGGAAGGUCACUCAUCUUUUUUUAAAUAGCAUUGUUUACUUGGUACCCCUUUUAUAUAUCAUCUGGGGGUACUGUUGUUAAGUCAGGUAUUAACCCUAAUUAAUUUGAGUCUGUAUCACUUAUCUUGUAUAUGGGGUUUUUGUAUCCUGAUCCAUCCCCCAUUACCCCCCUUUUUCUUGGUAUCCUUUAUUUAUUUGUUUCACAUGUGCACUUACGUUAUGAGUGCUUUUUAAAUCACUCUUACAUGAUUGAUUAAAAAUUACGUUUUAUUUUGAUUUGUGACUUUUCUCCCUGUAGUGCUCUGGUGCCUUUUAGUUGUUGGGCCAAACAUUGGGUCAUUGGGUUACCCCCAUUCAGGUAGCUUAGUUUGGUGACAUAUUUAUAGUGCUUGCCUACCAGUCCUUGUGUUUGGAAUACACCAUUGCUUUGUUCGCACGAUUCUACGAGUUACUAAUUUAAUUGAUAUACUGCUAAAAAGAAAUGGGUCUACAUUGACCUUCUAAUAGUAGGAGGAAGCACAUUUUAUGGGUAUAAAGCAGCUCUAGAAGAGUAACAAAUAGGUGUGGGAUGGCAUGUAAACAUGUGAAGGGAGCUAGUUAGAUUCUUUUUAAUAAUCAGUGAACUAGUGUAAAUAGGAGCAUAGAUGUGGAGAGUUUUGUAAUACACUAAUAUGUUAUAUUGAAUUGUGUGCUAAGUUAUGCCCUGGUUAUUACAUCUAUUACAGUCUGCUUAUGUUUUAUGUAAGAACAGACACAUCGAAGAUUAUGGUAUAUUUUAAUAGAUAGUUAAAUGUCAGCUGUUGUCUGUGCUUUUAUUAACUUUUUCGUAACUUUCAGAAAUAAAAUAUUUAUAAUGGGAAAUGUGGUGCCAUUCUUGGUGCAAAGUGUGAAAAUUUGGGAGACAAACGAUUGGUUUCCUUUGCGAUUUGCCUCUACCACUUUGCCCCAUAAUAACAUCUUUUUGUGCCUUGAUAAAAGUUUGUAUUUGCACCAAAAGGCAAAGCAGUUCUUCUGCGUCCUGGCAUUUGAUGCAAAUUACAAGUGACACUUUAAUCAUCGCUAGUGACCUGUACAUGUAGGCUCUAGGAAUCACGAGAAAACAUUGUCUGAUGUGUGUAGAACUCAGGGAAGUUUUCAAUCCCUAUCAAACAGAGGUUCAGUGGAACUAAUAUGCAUCUACUUGCUGUAUGCUGUAGAAUGCCCUCCAGGUAAUGUAUUAAAUGAACUGUCUCCAACCCCCUAAAAAACAAAAGUAGUAUUGGAACCACCCAUGUAUUGGUUUCCUUUUGUUUUAACAGAAGGAGUGGAAGAACCAGAAGGAGAAAUCUUGGAGUGUGAAUAUUGUGGAAAGACUGGUUAUCCUAGCACGUUCUUGAGAUCAAAAAGAUUCUGUUCCCAGUCAUGUGCAAAGAGGUAAUAUACCCUGGCCACGUAUAAUGUUAAUAUUAUGUUUUAUAAAUAACUGUUCAGAAUCAAUCAUUAUUGUCUCCGUCAAUGUGCCAAAACAGCAUUGCUUUAGCAGAGAGAAUUAUUUUUCUGAUUUGAGCUAGAAACAAAUUGUUUAAUUGUUAAAGUAUUGGACUGUUGAAAACAAUAGAGUCACUAUUUAAGCUAGGCAGUUCUGAUUUUGGGCCUCUAUCCCUGGUAUUUAAAAAAUAAAUAAAAAAAUUAACAUCAUACCUAGGUAUGAGUAUUCGCCAUUGCUCAUUUAUUAUUGUGUUAAUCCAUACCAUGUUCAUCAUUUGUUGAUUUCUAUCAUUGUUUUUAUUCACAUCGUUAUGUUGAAUAUAUUCUACUAGUUAAACAAGGAACACACACACAAUCAAACUUAACAGACAAAAUAAACUCACACAAUCGACCCUAACAGACAAAAUAAACACACACAAUCGACCUUAACAGACAAAAAAAAAAAACAGAACAAAAAAAACACCAAUCCAUAACUAAAGAUUAUUGUUCCAUACAGUGAAGGAUACAAGCUCAAUUUGCUUUUUUAACAUACACCCUUAGUGGCUAAAUUCCCUGUCUUCUGAAAUUUAUGUAAUGCUUAUUAAACCAUGGUCUCCAUAAUAUGUUAUAUUUAUCCAAGCAUUGAUAAUUCAAGUAAAAGGCCUUUUCCAAUUCCCCUUGGGAGAUUACUUGUGUUCCAACAGAUAUUGUCUUUUCAUUUUCAGUUUCUUGCUAUAGUGAUCUUCAAAGCUAAAAAACUCAGUGUAAUCAGAUAUCUAUCUUUAAAUUCAAAUUCUUCCAAGUCCAUGUGUAAUAAUGCCAUCUUCGAAGAUGAUUUUCAACAUCUCGGAAAUGGUUUCAAAGAUAGUUUUCCAAGUAUCAGCUAUUUGAGUACAUUCCCACCAUAUGUGUAGACAGCUACCAUUUUGAUCCCCACAUCACCAGCAUGUUAUAAUAUUUGUACUCUUGAAUUUUGCUAAAAUAGCUGGUACAAAAUACUAUCUAUAGUUCAGUUUUAAGUGUGUUUCUUGUAGUGAUAAACAACUUUCCUUAUAUGCAUAAGGCUGUUUAUCCAAUCCUUAAUGUCCAAGGGUACUUGUAGUCCCUUUUGCCAUGCUAUUAUCGCUCUCAAUUUUAAUUCUUGUUUUAAAGUAACCAUUAUUCUAUGAAUCCUUUUAAUUACACCUACUUGAUAUUUAUUAUUAAAUAUUUUAUUCAAAAGUGGGUAGGUACUAGCGCUUAUAAGUCAAGUACAAUAUAUUCAAUAAAUAUUAACAAUUUUAUCAAUUUUGCAGGUAAAUAUACAUGUGACUCCUUUCUAUUAUCACCAACAAUUACAAUACAAAAAAGACGAUGUAGUGCUUAUACAAUAAAAUAAUCACCUUAUGGUAAAAGGAAAAAAACAAUUCUCAGGGGGAAAAAUCCACAGCAAUUUCAGUGUCUUUGAAUGUAGAAUAGAGAAGACUUCCACAGUAUUGUCUACACCUGUAAGAAUAAUGUAAUAUAGUGUAGACAGUACAAGCAUAUAAAUAAGGUGUUUGAGGAAUAUUUAUACAUUCACAAGCGGAGAGCUGUGUACCCAGCUCUAGUGUUAAUUGCUUCUAGGUCCGUUUAGGCGACCCACCCCUGCCUUGGAUGUAUGUUCUUAUCCUAGUGGGAAGUGGAUAGGCACAAGAUAGCGUAUUACAGUCUGUAAUGUAGCUGUAAGAUAAAAAUGUCCCAAACGGGUACUUACAAACCGGGAGUCAUCUCAGACUCUAUGUGCAGGCGUGGUGUAGUAAGGAACUACACUCCCAUAACAGCAUAAGACCGGGAACCAGGUUAUCCAAAUUUAAAAUAAAAUUUAUUAAACAAUUAAAUAAAAAUAAAAUUAUUUUGUAUAAUAAAAUAAGAUAAGACCGGUGACAAGAGGACAUUGUGUCUUAUCUUAUUUUAUAAAUAGAUAGAAGUACAGCCUAGGUACACUCAAGACAGGGGGGUAACCCCUAAUGGAAAUAAAUAUCAAAGAAAAAUAAAGAGAGUACCUAUUAAUACAGACCAAAGAGAGAAAGGAAACUAUCACUAAGUGCAAACUGUACAAAUGAAGUACAUAUUUGAUCACUAAUACGAUGAAAAAAUGAAAUAAAUAAAAUGAAAAUAACAAAUAACUUUAUUAAAUAUAAAUGCUAAAAAGUAUCAAAAAAUAAAGAAUGGAACACUAGUAAGCUAAUAAAAUCAAUCAAAACGAUAUCCCAUAGUGAGAGGAUAUUCUGAUGUCUCAGGUUACAAAAAUACCACACUGCACACGUCUGCGCAGAGUGAAAAGAAGAAAAGAGAGGGGGGCGGAGGAGAGGACGCCUAAGGUGAUGAUGUGGUAACUUGAGUAGUAUAAAGCAUCAGAAUAUCCUCUCACUAUGGGAUAUCGUUUUGAUUGAUUUUAUUAGCUUACUAGUGUUCCAUUCUUUAUUUUUUGAUACUUUUUAGCAUUUAUAUUUAAUAAAGUUAUUUGUUAUUUUCAUUUUAUUUAUUUAAUUUUUUCAUCGUAUUAGUGAUCAAAUAUGUACUUCAUUUGUACAGUUUGCACUUAGUGAUAGUUUCCUUUCUCUCUUUGUUCUGUAUUAAUAGGUACUCUCUUUAUUUUUCUUUGGUAUUUAUCUUAUUUUAUUAUACAAAAUAAUUUUAUCUUUAUUUAAUUGUUUAAUACAUUUUAUUUUGAAUUUGGAUAACCUGGUUCCCGGUCUUAUGCUGUUAUGGGAGUGUGGGUCGCCUAAACGGACCUAGAAGCAAUUAACACUAGAGCUGGGUACACAGCUCUCCGCUUGUGAAUGUAUAAAUAUUCCUCAAACACCUUAUUUAUAUGCUUGUACUGUCUACACUAUAUUACAUUAUUCUUACAGGUGUAGACAAUACUGUGGAAGUCUUCCCUAUUCUACAUUUAAAGACACUGAAAUUGCUGUGGAUUUUUCCUCCUGAGAAUUGUUUUUUUUCUUUUACCAUAAGGUGAUUAUUUUAUUGUAUAAGCGCUACAUCAUCUUUAUUGUAAAGAUUUUAUUUAAUUGAUAAUUUAUUCAAUUUUUAUCCUCCCUAUAUAGGUGCACUCUGAUAUAGUUAUUAAUUCUUAUCCAAGAAUAGUACUGAGAAUUUGAAAGAUCUAGCUCUUUGUUUGAUGUUUUAAUAGGCUUUAAUGUUUUUCCUGUAAAGAGGUCCCUGAUUUUGAUUUUAUAUUUAUCAUAUGGAGAUUUCACCACUAAGUUUUGAAUAUUAUAUAUUAUUAUAUUUUGAAUAAUUUCAGCUUUUAUUGAGGUUUUUUUUUUCUUAAAUCUUGUCCAGGCUUUAAUAAUGUUAUCAAGGAUAUUAGAAUUAUUAUAUCUGAUUAUUGUUUUCAUUUGGUUAUGAUGAGCCCACAAAAUAUUUUCCAAGUUCUUAAUUUUUAAAAACUCACAUUCUAUCAGGUACCAGUCUUCCUGUUUACAGCUAUCUACUUGAAAUUUAUGAGCUUGAGUAAUCAGCACUACAUUAGCAUAGUUUUCUAAUUUAGGUAGGCUUAAUCCUCCUUGCUGUGCCGUAGAAUAUAGCAUGUUUCUGCAGAUUCUUGUUUUUAAAUUCUUUAUUUUUCUUGUGCAUUGGAAAACAUAACAGAGCAGCCUGUAGCGCCACAACAGCGGUUUCAGGCAUUUCAACGGCAUACUUGGUCAUGGCAGAGAUAAACAGCACAUUUUUUAGGUAAAACAAGAUAGAAACAUUUUUGAGUUUAUAAACAUUAAGUGCAGGAUAGUGUUGCAUGUCAAUUGUGUUGGUCACUAUGGGGUCGACUAGCUUAAGGCAAGGAUCAUACCAUGCUUCCAAUGUGCAUAGUGGUGAUUAAAAACGAUUGGGCUUUGCCUAACUAGCUAAGAUUUACAUAGUGGGCAUAUCAGCCUAACUGCGCACAUGUUUGUCAAGAGAUCAAGAGUGGCGCUUUUAAGGUACGGUACAUAGUAACGUUCAGCUCGAUUAUGGUGUUUGCAUGAAAUCCUUCACACUAAUGAGCUGCUUACGUUCUAAGCACAUAUAGAGAUGGGCAUGGAAUUAUGUAGAGAUCUACUCAAGAUUGCCUAUGUGUCUAACCCCUUGGAUAGUUAUUUAAAGGAUUUGUCUAGACUUUAAUUAAUUUUAUGAAGGUGAAGACAACUGGCUUUGUAUCUAUACAGCAUUAAAAUAUGUGAUGCAACUAGAAAGCAUAGAAAAUACAAAACGAUAAAACAUAAAGAUCAAACAGCCGCAGUGGGCUUGCAUAUAGGAGGUACGAGUAGGCUGAUAUGUAUGGGUUAGGUAUAGAGGUCCCCUCAUUAACAGCUACUGUUCGUGGUUAGUCCCAUGAGGGUGACACUGCCGUAGGCAGUGUGCCUGCUUCAGCUUAUGCCCGAGGAUGGGAAACGAGAGUCUCAAUAUUAAGUCAGGAUCUUGUCGAUAGGGUGUCUCCAUGGCAAGCAACAUGUUGUCAGUCCUAGUCCCAGUAGCUCUCGCUCAGCCCACGCCAAGACUUGGAAACAAGUGAGUGUAGUCCUGAGGUAUUGCUGGACAGGGGCCUGGUAUGGUCGCUUUCCAGCCCCAGGCCUUGUUUUGGGCCCACCUGAUGAACUUGCAGACUUGAGGGCUUAUGACAGGAUCCUUUCUAGAGGUGGCGUGACCGGGUCUCCUGGGUGUUUGGCGCCGCUUGCGGUGAGGAAUCUUCUGCUUUUGCGGUCUAUGCGGCGGGUGAGUUCUCUGCCUGGGGGUACGGUGGAUGGUAUAUUGUGUCGCCUGGGUGAGUGUCCCACCCGUGGGAAGUUUUCCCGCCAUCCCCAGUGGACCUCUCUUCAUGCCUCCUGUGUGGUGGGUGAUUGUGGUACUUGCCUGCAGCUUGUCCCAGAAGGCUUGGAAGAUUGCCUCCAGCCUGGAGUCAAAGUAGUCGAGGUUUAUCUCAUGCGUUUGGCUGGGGUUUUGAGAUGUCUGUAUAGGGGCCUCCGCCAUCUUGGGUGGUCUGGGCUCCGCCACGUGUCCGCUAUGCAUGGUAUGCGGUGGCGGUCGGGUGGGAGCUGGGCUUCCAGUGCGGACCGGGAUAACCCCCACCGGUCCAAAGGGGGGGGGAUAGGAGACCAUCAGCGUCGAGUGUUGGUUCUGGCCCUGGGGAGAGCGGCCGCCUCCCCCCAGCUCCAUCGCCAUUAGGCCGCAUGCGGCGUGCCGGCUACCCGGUUCCGACGGGCAUCUGUGAGGCAUCAUUUGUUCAGCGGUGCUCCCUCAGUGUGGAUAGAGCACCCUGGUUGAGCUGUGGGUUCAGUAGCCGUUGAUUUCGCCCCGAAUUCAGCCCGCUCGGCAGGAGCUCACGGCAUGCACGUCUGUGCAGCUCCGAGGUCAGGCUCCGCCCCCCCAGAUUCUUGUUUUUAUCUCUAGCAAUAUGAAUUUUUCUGUGAUUUUUUUGAAAAUAGUCACAAUAUUUUACAGGAAUUCUAAGGGGGAUCAUGUGUAAGCAAUAUAACCAUUUUUGAAAUGCAUAGGACUUUUGUAUAUUCAUCCUGCUCAUCCACAAAACAAAAAGAUUUUUCUACUCUGCAAAAAAAAUUCCUUGAUUAGAGCAAGAAAAUUAGCUCGACAAAGAUUUUCAACGUUAUUUGUUAACGUUGUUCACCUUUGAAUCUUUGAAUUUUAUGUAUAAUUUCUUCUUCUAUUGCUAUUGACAUCAUUUCAGAUUUAUUUAUAUUUACUUUAUAAUUAGACAGAGAGCUAUAUACGUCUAUCUCUUUAAAUAAGUAUUUGUUUUUGUACCACCCUGGGGCAAACCCAAAAAAUGAAAGCGAAGAAAAAUGACUUCUCUGGUGUUGCCUCUCUAUCUGCCUUGCAUACUUCAUACCUGUUAAAAAAACGUAAGGGGCUGGGAUAUUUUGGUGACACCAUGGGUUAGUCACCAUACCCAUUUCAUCCAAGGGUUAAUCUUAUUUGUAGAGACUAAAAAUAUAAGAUUAGAUCCAUAAGGAAGAACAUGUCGUAGUCUUAGGAAAACUCUAAAUCUGGAAUCUAAAUGUAUUUAUUAAAUGUAAAUCUAUAUAAUUCAAGACAUACAGGCGUUACACACUGGGAGUUUAAAAAUGGGGAGAAAUCACUUUUUAAACAUACACAAUUUCCACUGCCACUGACCUCGUCUUUUCCCAGUGCAAGGAGUUUGGCUAUUACGAAAGAGUAGGAAUUAAGCCUACUGUGAAUUAAACGUGAUAAUUGCAAUCCUUUGUCAUACACAAAACAGCACUGUAAUUAGCGGAGUUAUUUGUUUUGAGCAUGGACAGGUGUGGUUUCCUGGAAUAAAUCUCUGCAGGAUUUGUUAACAUAGACUAUGUAGUCUCUUGGGAUACAUGCAAAUUAUAGGAAUAAUGUUUUUUUUCCCUUUGUUUUCAUUGGUUUUGUUUGUCUAGUACACAUGAAAUAUUCAUAGUAAGCAACUAUAAAAAAGGGGCUCAAUCAUUAGAUUAAAAGUAAAUAUUUUCUGUUAAUAAACCAGCCAGUAUUUAUUCUGUGUGAUCUAGCGGUUGCUAGAAAUUUGUGGUUUGCUUCCUGCAAUUAAAGUUGUUAUCGUGCUCCCGGCCAGGCUACCAUAGAUGGAUGAUUAAUCCUUUAUUUUCUUGAAACAAAACUUCAUUUAAAUGUGUUCCAUACUUUAUAUUAAUUCUUCCAUCAUAAAAUACACCCUGUUUUAGUAUCAUAAUGGAGCAGCAGUCUUCUUGGCUGGCUGCUACAGGUGUAAUGGUUUGGUGGAGAUAUAUCAAAGCAAAAACAGGUGCUAUUCUGGGGCAAAGUCCUAAAUAAAUUGUAAUCACCAUGCACACCAAUAGAAUGUCUCUCACCAUUUUGCCUUUUGCACUCAAAAUAGCAGGUGUUUUGCUAUAUAUAUAUAUAUAUAUAUAUAUAUAUAUAUAUAUAUAUAUAAUGGGAUGUGAUGGCUUAGAGAGUGACAUCCUAGGAGGCAACUAUAGCUUUCUUCUGAGGACAAAAAUUUCAAAUUGACCUCUAAACGUUUUCAUUAGACUUAUCAGUCAAAUGCUGGUAAAACUUCAUCUCAUUAAAUCGGUCUGGGUGCAGUGUCCCAGUUCCCUUAACCCUGCCAUGUAAAACAUUCUAGUUUUAGAGAACCUGCAAUGUUUUCAUUGCAAUGUUAAAACUGCCUCUACUGGCUGUUUAUCAGGCAGCCACUAGAGAUGAUUCCUGUAGUAUCUCUGUGAAACGACACUGGACGUCAUCAUGCUUUGCAUAAGGACAUUUAGCAUCUUGAAAAACACCAUAGGAAAGCAUUGAGUCAGUGCUUUUUUUUUUCUAUGGGGAAGGCGUGCGCAAAGCUCGCCGCAGAUGCGCAUUAGGUUCCCCCAUCGACUAACGUUGGAGGAGAUGGAGCCCGACCCAGCACCGAGGGACAUCGGCGCUGGAAUUACAUAAGUGUUUAAGGGGAUUUUUUUUAACCCUUUACGUGGCCGGAGGGGAGAUUGGGAAUUUGCUGUGAUCACUUGUGCACAUCUUUUAUUGCACUGCGCAGCUGUGUACCGAGAACCUCCUGGAGUCCCGGCUCCCAGUAUUAGUACAUCAUAUUUAUAUUGCCAGAGCAAACACCUUCCACAUGUUGAAUUGGGCUCCAAAUUCCCCACAUCUCAAUUCUAUUGGGUAUCUGUGGGAUGUGCUGGAACAACAGAUCCGAUCCAUGGAGACCCCACAUUGCAACCUGCUGGACUUAAAGGAUCUGCUGCUAAUGUCUUGGUGCCAGAUACCACAGGACACACUCAGAGAUCUUGUGGAGUCAAUGCCUUGACACAAGGGGGACCUACACGAUAUUUGGCAGGUGGUUUGUAUGUUGUGGCUGAUUACUGUAUGUAUAAGCAUAGUUAAGUAUACUUACAAACAUAGAGCCUUAUACUUUGCUCAGAGUGUAGGUGGGUUAAGUUGAUUUUACUCCUCACCAGGCAGAGCUUUAAAAUGAAAUGCAGCAAGUUUUUUUUUUUCCGGCAGGUAUCAAAGGAUACAUUUUUAUGAAAAAUUAAGCUUUAAAAUAGUAAUACAUGGUAAAUAAAAAUAAUAAUGAAGCACAGCGCGUUUCGACCCUUAAAGAUUUUUUUUUCAAGUGCAUUACAAUUUUUUACAUUUUUAUACAGAAUUACACUAUCAGUGCCAUUUUGUUUCUUCUCAUUUUGGUGAAUAUAUUGAACUGCAUUCAAAUUUUGGCACAACCUACAUUACACAGAGGCUUUUUCCUAUCAGUUGUCUGGCAUGAAGGGUCUGCUGGAUUUUAGUGUUUGCUGCCUACUUGCAUCUAGCGUUGUAUAAUUUUAUUUUGUUCUAUGAAUAGGCAGGUGCUCUGUACACCCCCUGCUGCCUGUCACUCUAGGUGGACCUUGCACGCCUGACUGAACCUUAGAGAUUGCCACCUAUUGGUCUAUCUCGAAGAUAAUGGUUAACUCGCAUGCUUCCUGAUCACUUGUUCAGCUGUAUUAUUGCAAAUACACUACAUAGCAGAGAGGGAUAGAAAAGAUAGGCCGAGGAGACAGGGUUAAGAUGCAGAAUGCUGAAAAAGUUUUUUUGCAAAAAGUUUAUAGAGCUAAGCAUGUAAUCAGGGCUGUAUUUACCACAAGGCAAACAAGGCAUUUGCCUAGGGAGGCACUUUCAGGAGUGGCACCAAAAAAACACCACCCCAUGUUUCUAUCAUGAACCCCGUUUUGUCUUUCCUCCAAUGCCUUGUUUGCCUCAUGUCCUGGGGCUGUCCACCUUAGACCCUCCCCCCCAGCAGCCUCAGCAGUGCUAGCCCAGCCAGCAGUAUGAGAAACUGUAUGUGUGUCUGUCAGUGAGUGUGCUUGUGUCUGUCAGUGUAUUUGUGUGUGUCUGUCAGUGAAUGUGUGUGUGUGUGUCAGAGAAUAUGUGUGUCUGUCUGUGAGUGUGUGUCUGUCUGUCAGUGAGUGUGUAUGACUGUAAGUGAGUGAGUGUAGCUCAGUGUGUGUCUGUGAGUGAGUAAAAGUGUGUGUGUCUUUCAGUGAGAAUGGGUGUGCCUGUGAGUGUGUGUCAGUUUGUGUAUGUCAUUUUAUGUGUAUCUGAGAGUGUGUGCCUGUCAGUGAGUGGGUGUGUCAGUGUGUGUCUGUCAGUGAAAAUGUGUGUUGGUUAAACAGUGUGUGCCAAUGACUGUGUAUCUGUCAGUGCGUGUAUAUCAGUGCAUGUAUCAAUGAGGGCAUGUGUCUGUCAGUCAAAAAAGUGGCCUUGACACGAAUUGGGGGGGCAAACUUAGAUUUUGGGGGUGCCAGAAUUUAGUCGUGCCUAGGGCAGCACAAAUCCAAAAUACACCACUGCAUGCAAUAAUAGUUCAUGCAACUCAGGCUGAUGGCUAACUGUGGCACAAAUGUAAUUCGAAUUGAUGCAGAGCCAAAUGAAGGCAGGAUAAAGAUGGAAACAAAAUGUUCUUACAGUAAGUCAACCUAGUAACAGGGGUUAUAUUUAAUAUUGUUUCUGGAUUCAUGUUAUGUUCUUAAGUAAAUCAGUAAUUUAAAAGGAGAAUAUGUUGUCUUCCAGGUACAAUGUUAAUGGCACGAAGAGACUUGGACUGUUCAAACCUGACAAAGCCAGUAGGUGGAAUACAAAGAUGGAAGGAAAUUUUGGACGGCGAGGAAGACGCCCUAGUGGUAUUGGUGGAUCAAGCAGAGACAACUAUCUUAGACAGGUGUGUAGUAAAUAAAAUGUUGCGAGAUCCCACAGUUAGCAAGACUGUUCACUAAUCUGCCCUUCUAUGCACCUCACAGCUACCAUCUACCUAUUCAUGCACAGAUGAAGUUUUGGAGGAUUCCAUGGAAGAUUCUGUACCUGUUGCUAUGUCUACACGAUUACGACGUCAGACUGAAAGGGAACAAGAAUUAAGGCUUCUCCAAAUCAGAAAAGUAACACUUGAUUCCGAGCUACCACCAGAUACACAGUCUGAACCAUCCCAAUGGACUGUUGAAGAUGUUUGGGCUUUUAUUCAUUCUUUGCCAGGUAUGUCUAGUUCCAACCCCCCCCCCUUUCAAAUUCUUAGGCAGGGUUAGUACAUACCUUUUAGUGUUUAUACCUUCUGGAUGGCUGUAACUCCAGGCAAAUACUUGGUGGCCACAGAAACAUAGAAUGUGACGGCAGAUAAGAACCAUUCGGCCCAUCUAGUCUGCCCAAUUUUCUAAAUACUUUCAUUAGUCCCUGGCCUUAUCUUAUAGCUAGGAUAGCCUUAUGCCUAUCCCACGCAUGUUUAAACUCCUUUACUGUGUUAACCUCUACCACUUCAGCUGGAAGGCUAUUCAUGCAUCCACUACCCUCUCAGUAAAGUAAUACUUCCUGAUAAUUUUAUACUUUUGCCCCUCUAAUUUAAGACUAUGUCCUUUUGUUGUGGUAGGUUUUCUUCUUUUAAAUAUAGUCUCCACCUUUACUGUGUUGAUUUUCUUUAUGUAUUUAAAUGUUUCUAUCAUGAACCCCGUUUUGUCUUUCCUCCAAGCUAUACAUGUUAAGAUUCUUUACUCUUUCCUCGUAAGUUUUAUCCUGUAAUCCAUGAACCAGUUUAGUAGCCCUUCUCUGAACUCUCUCCAAAGUAUCAAUAUCCUUCUGGAGAUACAGUCUUCAGUACUGCGUACAAUACUCCAAGUGAGGUCUUACAUGUGUUCUGUACAAUGGCAUGAGCACUUCCCUCUUUCUACUGCUAAUACCUCUCCCUGUACAACCAAGCAUUCUGCUAGCAUUUCCUGCUGCUGUAUUACAUUGUCUGCCUACCUUUACGUCAUCAGAAAUGAUUACCCCUAAAUCCUUUUCCUCAGAUGUUGAAGUUAGGAUUCUAUCAAAUAUUCUAUCUUGGGAUUUUAUGUCCAAGAUGCAUUAUCGUGCACUUAUCCACAUUAAAUGUCAGCUACCACAACUCUGACUAUUUUUCUAGUUUACCUAAGUCAUUUGCCAUUUGGCUUAUCCCUCCCUGGAACAUCAAGCCUGUUACAUAUCUUAGUAUCAUCAGCAAAAAGACACACCUUAGCAUCAAGACCUUCUGCAAUAUCACUAAUAAAAAUAUUAAAGAGAAUGGGUCCAAGUACAGAUCCCAGAGGUACCCCACUGGUGACAAGAUCAUGCUUCGAAUAUACUCCAUUGACUACAACCCUAUGUUACCUGUCACUCAGCCACUGCCUUACCCAUUCAACAGUAUUGGAAUCCAAACUUAAAGAUUGCAGUUUAUUGAUAAGCCUUCUAUGUGCAACAGUGUCAAAAGCCUUACUGAAAUCUAGGUACGCAAUGUCUACUGCACCAACCCGCUCUAUUAUUUUAGUUACCCAAUCAAAAAAAUCAAUAAGAUUAUUUUGGCAUGACCUCCCUGAAGUAAAUCCAUGUUGUCUCUGAUUUUGAAAUCCAUGUGAUUUUAGAUGUUCAACAAUCCUAUCCUUUAACAUGCUUUCUAUUACUUUCCCCAGUACUGAAGUAAGGCUUACUGGCCUAGAGUUUCCCGAAUCCUCCCUUCUACCUUUCUUGUGAAUGGGCACAACAUUCGCUAACGGGACUACUCCUGUUAACAAUGAUUGGUUAAAUAAAUCUAUUAAUGGUUUUGCCAGUACACCACUAAGCUCUUUUAAUAACAUUGGGUGUAUUCCAUCAGGCCCCAUUGACUUAUUUGUCUUUACUUUUGACAGUUGAAAUAGAAACUCUUCCUCUGUUAACUCACAUGUAACAAAUUACUAAUUUGUCCUUUUUCCUAACUGAGGUCCCUUUCCUUCAUUUUCAUCUGUAAAUACUGAACAAAAAUAUUAAUUGAGGCAGUCAGCUAGACCUUUAUCCUCUUCUACACAGACAGUAAUACAGUCAGAUAGGCAGGUAGCCAGGCACAGUGGCACACAGACAAGCAGACAGACAGUCAGACAGACCGGCAGGCACACAGACAGGCAGAAAGGCACACAGAUAGGCAAGCAGACAGAGAGGCAGGCAGGCACACAGACAGACAGGCAAGCUCCCCCCCUGCACUCCUGUCACCCGGCCAUGUGUGAGCUGUGUCGGCCGCAUGGCGUCCCCUACUCCAUGAUUUGGAAGCUCUUAUAACUUGCUUAGCCUCUUUCUGCCUAAUCUUAGAGAUCUGUCUAUCUUCUUCACUCUGGUUUUCUUUUAUAUUUACUAAAUGCUAACGUUUAGUUUUUUACUAUUUUGGCCACAUCUGCGGAGUACCACAGUGGUUUCUUAAUUUUUUUGCUUUUAAUGACAAGCCUAAUGCAAUUUUCUGUUGCCUUCAAUAGUGCAACUUUUAAAUAAUCUCAUUUCUCUUGGACUCCAUUUAAAUUGCUCCAGUCUGAUAAUGACUCCUCUACACAAAUGCUAAUUUUAGAAAAGUCUGUUUUUCUAAAGUCUAAAACUUUUGUAUUUGUGUGGUGUGACUCAGUCACUGUUCUUAUAUUAAACCACACUGACUGAUGAUCGCUGGAUCCUAAACUUUCGCCUACAAUAAUAUCUGAUACAAAAUCUCCAUUUGUUAACACUAAAUCUAGUAUGGCCUUUUUACGAGUUGGCUCCUCAACGACUUGUUUUAGAGACAAUCCCAGUAGGGAGUUUAGAAUAUGUGUGCUCCUGGCACUAGUAGCUAAUUUUGUUUUCCAAUUUACAUCAGGAAGAUUAAAGUCACCCAUGAUGAUAACUUCCCCCUUCAUUGUCAUUUUAAUUAUUUCCUCAACUAGUAGAUUAUCUAACUCUUCUAUUUGUCCUGGAAGCCUGUAAAUCACACCUACACGAGUUACUGUGUGAUUACCAAAUUCUAACGUAACCCAAACGGACUCUGUGUUCGCCUCACUAACUUUUAUUAGGCUAGAUUGAAUGCUAUCCUUCACAUACAGGGCCACAGAAGGUGUCAAGAGAUAAUAAAUUAAGGAUGAUAUGUUGUUCAUCUUGGAGUGGCUAUUUCUAGUACAGCUAGAACAUUAUUUAUGCAAAUAAAGCUCAUUCCACACAAAAGGUUACUGUACUAUUAAAGCUAAAAUCAGUUGGUUAAAAUACAAAUCUUGCUCUUGCAUAGAACAUUGGCUUAACAAUAGUGUAGAGCAAGCAUGUCAAACUCGCGGCCCACAAGGACCGUCUUUGCGGCCCGGCGAGCCGCAAGUACAUGCUGGUGUUAAAGCAGAGUAGGCACCUGCUUUCCCCAUAUUGCAGGUGCCUACUCUGCUAACACUUACCCGGGCGGGGAGGAAGUAGGAUGCUGGCGGCAAGUGAGGGAGCUCAGUGUUCCUGCUCCUCACUGCUCCCUCGCGCCGUCUGAAUAUGACGUCAUGUUCCGGCACCUUGCAUCACUAAACCGCGAGAGGGAGCAGUGAGGAGCAGGAAGGAUCCCAGGGAGAUGCCCCACAUCAGCUCCAUAAGGUAAGGAGCAAUAAAAAAAAAAAGUAUGUGUGUGCAAGAAUGUAUAAGUGUGUGUCUGUCUGUCUGUCUGUGUCAGUGUGUCUGUCUGUGAGUAUGUAUGUGUGUGUCUGUCUGUCAGUGUGUCUGUCAGUGUGUGUCUCAGUGUGUGUGUCUGUCUGUCAGUGUGUGUGUGUGUGUGUGUGUGUGUGUGUGUGUGUGUGUGUGUCUGUCAGUCUGUCUGUGAGUAUGUGUGUGUCUCUGUGUGUGCCUGUGUGUGUGUGUGUGUCUGUCAGUGAGUGUGUGUGUGUCUGUCAGUGUGUGUGUCUGUCAGCAAGUAUGUGUGUGUCUGUCAGUGUGUGUCUGUCUGUGAGUAUGUGUGUGUGUCUGUCAUUGAGUAUGUGUGUGUCAGUGAGUGUGUGUCAGUGUGUCUGUAUGUGUGUGUCUGUCAGUGAAUAUGUGUGUGUGUCAGCGGGAGGAUCAGAUUUAGCACAGGGUGGUAGAGGGGGGGCUGGGAUUUAGUAGAGGGGGGUGCUGUGGUUUAGUAGUGGGGGAUCACAGUAAAGGAGGAGACUAUAUUUAAAAGAAGAAAAACUACCACAACAAGAUGACAUAGUCUUAAAUUAGAGGGACAAAGGUUUAAAAAUAAUAUCAGGAAGUAUUACUUUACUGAGAGGGUAGUGGAUGCAUGGAAUAGCCUUCCAGCUGAAGUGGUAGAGGUUAACACAGUAAAGGAGUUUAAGCAUGCGUGGGAUAGGCAUAAGGCUAUCCUAACUAUAAGAUAAGGCUAGGGACUAAUGAAAGUAUUUAGAAAAUUGGGCAGACUAGAUGAGCCGAAUGGUUCUUAUCUGCCAUCACAUUCUAUGUUUCUAUGUUUCUAUGAUAGGGGGUUGGUUAUACUGUACUUUUUAAAAUAAACCUACGUUUCUAUGAAAAUUUACAUUUUUUUUUUUUUUGCGGCCCAUAUAAACUUAAACCUUGUUUGUGUGGCCGAUCCAGACUUUGAGUUUGACAUGCUUGGUGUAGAGCGUAGCUGUAAAUGGAAAAUUUUAAAAUUCAACAAAAGCGGUAAGUGGAGAGCCGUAGGGUUCUGUUCAGGCUGUAAUUGUCUUUAAUCAGUUUAUAUAUGAUCUUGAAGUGGGCAUUGAAAGCCAUGUGUUGGUUUUACAGAUGACACAAAACUAGGUAAGAUAACACAGUCUGAACACUAUAUAAAUUCUUUACAGAGGGAUUUGGAUACAUUGGAGGACUGGGCAGGCCAGUGACAGAUGAAAUGUAAGCAUACAAAUGCAAAUUCAUGCAUUUUGGAUUAAGGAACCUACAAGCAGAUUAUACAUCAAAUGGAGUUAAGUUAGAAAUAACAUUAAAUAAUAAGGAUUUGGGAAAAAUUACAAACUUGUUAACCGUUUGCAAUGUGGUCUGCCAAAAAGCUAAUAUGGUGCUGUCAUGCAUUGCAAAAUUUUAUUUAAUUAUACAGUAUAAAAUUUCAAUGCAAACUGUUGCAUAUGAAUAUGAGAUAUUUUAAUCAUAAGAUAUCGCUAACAAAAUAAUAUGUAGGUAAUAUACCUAUUAAUGCUCAUAAAUAGGAAAUUACUAUAUAUGCAUAUUAUUCAGUUUUGGCUUUACUCUGUGUGGGCUUUAUUCUGUGUGGGCAUUUUUACGUGUGGGCAUUUAUGACAGUCAGUUUUUUUUCUGUGUACAACUUUCAUGUGGGAUUUUUUCAUAGAACCGGGGAUAUGCCGUCACUCCAGCCCGAGCAUCACUAAACAGCUCACAAGGUAGCAGAGCUUGUAGAUAACAGUAACAUAGCAGCCCCACUAGACCCCAGUGAAAUGAUCCACUCCAGCUCUCCCAGAGAUAGGGAGGCUGGUGGACUUUAAUCAAAAUAAAAGAACCCAAACAAUAAUGUGUGAGUGUGUGAGAUACUGUGUGCGUGUCUGUCAAUGACUGUGUGUGUGCCUAUCUGUCUGUGAGUGUGUGUGUAUGUGUCAGUGAGUGUGUAUGUGUCUGUCUGUCAGUAAGUUUGUGUGUGUGUCAGUGAGUGUGUUUGCUUAGGUGAUCUGCCCUCCCCAAUCACAUGGGAAAAUUGUCUUUAUUUACUUUUUUUCUGACGCUGUGUUGGUCUUGCUGCGGCUGUCCCCGGCUCCAGGGAUGAGACGAUGAAUAUUAAUGAUCUCAGCCAUGCCAAUGCUUUCCAAGAGGAAAGCAUUGGGAGGCUAUUGUGCAUUGCGCUUAUCAGCAUCUCCAGAAUCAAUCAAAAUCAGUGCAUUUCUAUGGGGAACAUUUAGCGCCUCCAUGCAGAGCAUGGUGACGCUGAACAAAGGUGCUGCACACUGUGCAGCACUGAACUGUGAAUUACCUCUAGUGGGUGUCUGAGUGACGGUGACUAGAGGUGUUACUAGGCAGCAAUGUAAACACUGCCUUUUUUGUGAAAAUGCAGUGUUUACAUUAAAAAUCAGAUAGGUACAAACAAUAUGGAGGAUACAGCUGUGGAUCGACAAUAUAAAAACCAAAUAUAGUAUAAUACUGUAUAUUUGUGAAAAAGUGCGCAAAAUAGGUAUAAUUCACAAGAUAGAUGAGAGUAACUCCAGAGGUGCCUCCCCCAAUCUGUGAGGGGCUAAAUCCACUUCCUUACUCUGACUCAGAGGCAUGUUUUAACGUAUGUAAUUUUCAAUUUUGGUGAUUCCACACACUAUAUAUCUUCAUGUUACGGUGCACCACCUUUUUGCUGUUUUGUUUAUAUAUAUAUCAUGGUUUUCGGAGUUAACCGGUGUGUGAGGGCUGUUGGAUAAUGCACUAAUUCCUGUUUUUUUUCUGUCUAGUAGUAACAGAAAACAUAUGAGAUAAUCUACCUAAAGAGGUUGUCCUAUCAAAAUCUGUAGUUUUUUUGUUGUUGUUUUUUUAAGUUUGUUUUUAAAACAAAAACAAACAACAAACAGAAAAUUGAAGGAUACUCUUAACAUGUAUGUGGGUUUUUAAUUUAAGGAGAAAUCUGCCAUUAUGCAGAGUCGAGAAUGCAUUUUCCCUUUUGAGACAUAAUUGGCCAGUUGAACUUUAUGGACUUAACUCUUUUUUUCAGCCUAAAUUACUAUUUAACAUAUGGCUCUGUUCAACAAAGUUGCUCUUUUUCUAUACAUGAAGGCCUGUUUGCUUCAUUACUGUUCUACCAUGUGUCUUUGUUGUCUUGUAGGAUGCCAUGAUAUCGCUGAUGAGUUCCGAUUACAGGAGAUUGAUGGUCAGGCUCUUCUCUUACUAAAAGAAGACCAUCUGAUGAGCACCAUGAAUAUUAAGUUAGGACCGGCGCUGAAGAUCUGUGCUCAGAUUCAUUCGCUAAAAGAGACCUAGUCAAGAGUAGACCUGAACUGACAGUAUUGAUUGUGAAUAUGUAGUGACUUUUUUUUAAGUAAGUUGCAUUCAACAGAAUCCAUAGUUUUGUAACUUUGUAAAAUGUCUGUGUGUGAAGCUUCUUCACAUCCAUCAGCUUUAAUGAAUAUCAUUGCCAAACUAGAUUCUUACAUUACGUAUACCCUCAACAUUAUGAAUGAAUCUUGGACAAAAGGAUGGUAUUAAAAACACACAUACGUUUGCCCUAAAGUUUUUCCUUUUAUUACAGUGUUGAUUAUAUAUAAUUAAUAUACAUUUUUAAUCUUUUUGUUCUCAACAAACUACAAUUUAUUUAUGAAAUCUGGUGGUUCAUAUCAUUUCAAUUGGCCUGUCCUAAAAGCAUCUUUUGUCAUAAGUAUUGUAAGACAUAUAGAAACUUGGUUGUAAGUUUUGCUAUGCUAAAAUAUUGUAUUAACCACUACACACACUAGCUCCUAAUUGCUUAUUUUAUUUCCUGGGUGUAUUGUCUUACCAAACUGCAAGGUUCGAAUUACCAUGUAUUUAUUGAUAAACCAUUUCAUAACUGGUGUAAUGUAUUUUUGGUAUUGCUUUCUUUUCAGAGUGAUACAAACUACACCAUCUCAGAAAAACACACAAUGAUAUACUUGUUUUGUCCAUGUUUUCUGUUUGUAUGCAAGUCAGAUGAUUUUUAACCUUUUAACUUACAAAUCUAAGUGCUGUUCAACUUUAUGUGUUUCCACUAUUUAAAGAUAAGCUAUUUGACAAGUCUUAUACUUGUUAUUAUACAAACUACAAUAAAUACAGUAUAAAUAAUAUAUUCCAUUUAGACACUUGCUCUCUGCUUUAAAAAGUGUUAAUUGUGUUGUAAAUAUCCCUUGCAAAUAUAUAUUGUAAUUAUGAAUAUGUAACACUUUAUCCCCUUUGUAAAUAUUAAAAUGAUCAAUGUGGUUUCAAUGAAGUCUUAUUUCAGUAUGUAAAUUAUGGAAUAUACAUGGUAAAGAUAAUGGCUGUACUAUUUCACCGAUUUACAGUAGAUUGUUUAGAAUAAAUUUCAUCUUAUUUCCAAAGUGUGAAACAAUCUGUAGAUGCUUUUAAACCGAUUUAAGUUGACUCAUAUGUAUCUAUAUCUAAUUGUUCUGAGGUGAUCUCAAUUACACGGGGUUUCGCACCCUUCCACCAACUAUUAUUUCUGCUCUUUCCACUGACAGGAAAAAACCCAAGAUGCAUCAUAAUGUGAAGAACAUGUUAUGGAUAAACAUAUCAAAAUGGUCCAAAUCUGCUUCUCUUCAACGAAAACUAAAAAUAUUUAUUUUUUAGUUACAUAAUCAAGUCGUCCUCUUAUUUUAAAUGUCUAUCGAAAUUACUAAAGGAUCACUAUGGCGUCAGGAAUACAAAAUUGUAUUCCUAAUGCUAUAGUGCACCAGUCCCUAAUUGUAGUCAAGUCCCACCGCCCGUGUGCAAUAAAAUGUUAAGAAAAUAAAGGAUUUUUAUACAGUUUAUUCAGCACUGGGGCUGCUAACCUCUUCGUCUGCUGAAACAUCACGGAGAAGGCAUGGUCUUCUCCGACGAUGUACCAUCCAAUGCUCCUUACAGACGAGCAUUGGGGACCUAAUGCUUUCCUAUGGGUACUUCCUUGUCACAUGACCGACUUUUAUUUGGUCAGUGCAGUGGAAACACCUCUAGUGGCUGUUAUACUGAUAGCAACUAGAGGUGGACUUAAACUUGCAAUGUUAACUUUGUAGUUCCUGAAAAACUGCAAUGUUUUAAACUGCAGGUUUAAAAUGACUUGGACACUACACUUAGACCACUUCAUUGAGAUGAAGAAGUCUGGGUGACUAUAGUGUCCCUUGAAGCUCAAUUCAAAUUAUAGUUUUGCAUUGUAUUGUAUUGUAUUGCACUGCAGCUUCAUGGCUUACACAAAAAAUGUCUACCGUUUCAAUGUGAAAAAAAUGGAAAAUGUGUCUUUAGCAAGUGCUAGAGUUAGAACCCGCAUAGAUACAUAUAGUCAUUGGUAGCCAUUCUGCAUUUCAUUACUUGUGUUACUUGUAACUUAUAGUUACACUUAUCUUUAUUUUCUACAUUUUAUAAUAAUGAUUUUUUUUCAA